UUUUUUUUGUGCCGCGGCGGCCGGGCGGCCCUCCUCCCUCAGCCGCCGCCAUUAACCAUUCUCGUCCCGGGCUUCAGCGGAGGCGAGUCUGGUCUCGCCCGGCAUGGAGAGCGGCCCCCUGGCUGAGAAGCCCCCUCUGAGGAGGAAGGGGAGGCGGCGGCGGCAGCAGCAGCAGCAAGCGGCGAGGCCCGGCGCCGCCGCCGCCGCGGGAGGAGCGCCUGUGAGGAGAAGCGACGGAGGCGCGCCUCUCCUCGAGACCCCCGGAGGGGCCCGGCAGGCCGCCGCCUCCUCCUCCUCCUUCUCCUCAGCCGCCUCCUCAGCUUCCUGCGGGCGGUAAGUGCCCCCUCCCACCCCCACCCCCCUGGGUCCUUAGGGUGAGGGGCGGGUGACGAAUAAAUCCACGGUAAUAGGAAUAAUAGUAAUCGACGGGGGGGGGGGGCGGGCGGUAUGAGGUGCUGGGGAUGCUGACCCCCUCCCCAAUAUUAUUCGCUUCAAAAGGUGGGGGGCGUAAGAGCCUUCAGCCCCCUCCCCGUCACAGGGACGAUCCGAUUGCAUCAUCACCACCAUUAUUGAUUAUUGUACUAUUCAACCCCAGGCCCAGUUUCCUCCCUGAAAAAGGGGAGGGGGGUGGUAUGAGAUAAAGCUGAGAACCUGCAGAGGGGUCCCCCCUCCCCCACGGCACACCUGUUAAAGGGAUGAGUCCAGUACAAUCUUAUUCGCAUUGCUGUGUGGAAGACAGUCUUACUCAGCUACAAGUGACUGCCAAAGAAGAAGAUUACCAUUAUUAUUAUUAUUAGUAGUAGUAGUAAUAGUAGUAGUAAUAUUAGUGUUAUUGAUGCCCAGCCCCAGCUUUCUACCUGAAAAGGGCAUGGAGGGUGGUCUGAGAUGAAGCUGAGAACCUGCAGAGGGGUCCCCCCUCCCCCACGGCACACCUGUUAAAGGGAUGAGUCCAGUGCAAUCUUAUUCGCAUUGCUGUAUGGAAGACAAUCUGACUCAGCUAGGAGUGAUCGCCAAAGAAGAAGAUUACCAUUAUUAUUAUUAGUAGUAGUACUAAUAGUAGUAGUAGUAGUGUUAUUGAUGCCCAGCCCCAGCUUUCUACCUGAAAAGGGGAUGGAGGGUGGUCUGAGAUGAAGCUGAGAACCUGCAGAGGGGUCCUCCCUCCCCCAUGGCUCACCUGUUAAAGGGAUGAGUCCAGUACCAUCUUAUUCGCAUUGCUGUGCGGAAGACAGUCUUACUCAGCUACAAGUGAUUGCCAAAGAAGAAGAUUACCGUUAUUAUUAUUAUUAUUAGUAGUAGUAAUAGUAGUAGUAAUAUUAGUGUUAUUGAUGUCCAGCCCCAGCUUUCUACCUGAAAAGGGGAUGGAGGGUGGUCUGAGAUGAAGCUGAGAACCUGCAGAGGGGUCUCCCCUCCCCCACGGCACACCUGUUAAAGGGAUGAGUCCAGUACAAUCUUAUUUGCACUGCUGUAUGCCAUCAUCAUUAUUAUUAGUAGUAUUAGUGUUAUUGAUGUCCAGCCCCAGCUUUCUACCUGAAAAGGGGAUGGAGGGUGGUCUGAGAUGAAGCUGAGAACCUGCAGAGGGGUCUCCCCUCCCCCACGGCACACCUGUUAAAGGGAUGAGUCCAGUACCAUCUUAUUCGCAUUGCUGUGUGGAAGACAGUCUUACUCAGCUACAAGUGAUUGCCAAAGAAGAUUACCCUUAUUAUUAUUAUUAGUAGUAGUAAUAGUAGUAGUAAUAUUAGUGUUAUUGAUGUCCAGCCCCAGCUUUCUACCUGAAAAGGGGAUGGAGGGUGGUCUGAGAUGAAGCUGAGAACCUGUAGAGGGGUCCCCUCUCCCCCACGACACACCUGAUAAAGGGAUGAGUCUAGUACAAUAUUAUUCGCAUUGCUGUAUGCCAUUAUUAUUAUUAGUAGUAGUAUUAGUGUUAUUGAUGUCCAGCCCCAGCUUUCUACCUGAAAAGGGGAUGGAGGGGGGUCUGAGAUGAAGCUGAGAACCUGCAGAGGGGUCUCCCCUCCCCCACGGCACACUUGUUAAAGGGAUGAGUCCAGUACAAUUUAUUCGCACUGCUGUAUGGAAGACAAUCUUACUCAGCUACGAGUGAUCGCCAAAGAAGAUUACCAUUAUUAUUUUUAUUAUUGGUAGUAGUAGUAGUAGUAGUAUUAGUGUUAUUGAUGCCCAGACUCAGCUUUCUACCUGAAAAGGGGACGGAGAGGGUCUGACAUAAAGUGUGAGAACCUGCAGGGCCCCCCACCUGUUAAAGGGAUGAGCCCCUAUUCGUAUUAUAUCCUUGUAUCGUCAUGAGUUGAGUGAGUUCGUAUUGUAUUGUUGUAUCGUUAUUAUCACACACACACACACCCCUGCCCUCAUCUAAAAGGAUUUCGAGCUGCCACUGCACUCAAAUAAAAGAAAAUGAAUGGCGGGUGAAGAAGCAGAGCAAAUGCAACAGUCCCCUAUUGCACCACCCAUAGCAGUAUGGCAAAAAAUCCUAAAAUCAGAGUGACAUAGCCAGCCAGCCGGAUUUUUGAAGUGGGCACUUGAUAUGUGAUGUGUGUGGUUUAAAAAAAUAAUGACACAGCAAGCAUCCGUAAGAACACAAGAGCGCUGCUGGAUUACAGCAGAAAUCCAUCUCAUUCUGCAUCCUGUCACCCACAAAAGCCAGCCAGAUCUGUCCCACCCCACCCCUGGGAAGGUCAAAAAGAGGGCAUAAACUCAAUUGUAUUGCUCCCCGGCAACUGGCAAAACUGCAUGUUUUAGAUUAAUGCCUAAGGGACCUUUCCCGAUGACACAGAAACUGUUUAUGCAGUGUGUUAAAGGUGCAAGUCUUUUCCCUGCCUCUCAAGAUGUGUGCCCAUUGAGGGGUAGUUAAUGCCGCAGAAGACAGAAUCGGAUUCAAGAUGACCUUAACAGAUUGCAGAACUGGGCCCAAGCUAACAAAAUGAAUUUCAGUAGGGACAAAUGUAAGGCUCUACACUUAAAGCAGUAAGAACCAGCUGCACAAAUAUAAGAUAGGGGACACCUGGCUUACCAGUACUAUUGUUGUUAUUACUAUUAAUUCAAUUUAUUUACCACCCUUUAUCAGGGCGGUGUACAACAUUAGAAACAUAUUACACAAAAUCAAUGAUAAAAUCAUAAUAAAAAGUAAAAUAAUAAUAAUAACAAGAUAAUAAUCAUCCCCCACACUUUUGCAGGCCAUAGAUUAUUUAAUAACCGUAGGCCUGGGUAAAGAAGAUUGAUUUUGCCUGGUGUCUGAAGACAUGUAAUGAUCUCUGGGGAGAGCAUUCCACAGAUGGUGAGCCACCACAGAAAAGGCCUGUUUUCUUGUUGCAACCCUCUGAACCUCUCUGGGAGAGGGGACAUGCAGGGUCUGGGUUGGUUUGUAUGGGGAGAGGCGGUCCUUAAGGUGUUGAGGUCCUGAGCUCUGUAAGCACAUUUAUAUGUGAAAAGGAUCUGGGGAUCUUAGUGGACCAUAAGCUUAAUGUGAGUCAACAGGGUCAUGCAGCAUCACAAAAAGUGGAUGCUAUUCUAGGCUGCAUCAACAGAAGUACACUGUCCAGAUCAAGGGAAGUCAUAGUACCACUCUAUUCUGCAUUGGUCAGACCACACUUGGAAUACUGUGUCCAGUUCUGGGUGCCGCAAUUUAAGAAGGAUAUUGACAAGCUGGAAUGUGUGCAGAGGAGGGCGAUCAAGAUGAUCAAGGGUCUGGAAACCAAGCCUUAUGAGGAGGAGGAGGAGCUGGGUGUAUUUAGCCUGAAAAAGAAGAGACAGAGGUGACAUGAGAGCCAUCUUCAGAUUAUCUGAAGGGCUGUCACAUGGAAGAUGGAGUGAAGUUGUUUUCAGCUGCUCCAGAGAGUAGAACUCAAACCAAUGGCUUCAGAUGACAAGAAAGGAGAUUCUGACAACCAUCAGGAAGAACUUUCUGACAGUAAGAGCCGUUUGACAGUGGAACGGACUACCUUGGAAGGCUGUGGACUCUCCUUCUUUGGAGGUUUUUUAACAGAGAUUGGUUAGCCUUGUGUCAGGGAUUCCUUAGCUGUGAUUCCUGCAUUACAGGGGGUUGGAAUAGAUGACCCUUGGGGGUCUCUUCCAUCUCUGCAAUUCUGUGAUUCUAUCAACAACCCGGGCAAGCAUCACUCACAUUCCAUUCAAAACAGUUCAUUAUUCAUUUUUUGGAUUUAUAUACUGCUUUUCUGCUCAGGCACGUCAGGCAGUUUUUAAGUUUAGCACUAAAAUGGCUGCGUUAUAUAAAAUGAAGUUCAACAUAUUCCUCUCAUGCUAACUGGGAACUGAUAGAAUUUACGCUUGCUGCCCUGGCCUCCUUCUCUUCUCAGUUUAGGGAAGCUAGUUGUGUGGAAUGAUGCACGGGAUAAGUUUUUCUUGCAGACCUGAUAUUAUGUCUAAAUCCGACCUUAGGUCAGGUCUACUUAUGCAGCAGAAUGAGGUGGCAGAAUCAUGAUAGGAUAAAAUAGACUAUGUAAUUGCAGAUGAGGGAGUAAUCAAGUAACAAGCAAACACACUAGCACACUAAGGAGAAAAGAUCUAACCCAGCCUUCUCCCUGCUGUUGUGCUAGUUGUCUGCUAGUGGGGUGGAGUUUUUUUAUUUUAAAAACCAGGUCACAUUCAAAAUCUGACAACCUUCCUCUCCCCGCAGCCUAAAGUUGUGCAGUACAUUCUACCACUGCUAACCUUGACCUCAUAAUGUUGCAACGUGCAGAUGAAGCCUUUAACAUGCAACAUUUCCUUUAUUGCUAGAUGGCCUUCUACUAGCCUUUUAUUGUAACUUAUUUUAUUCAGCAGCCAGCAACAUACUUUUACUUAUUUCAAGUAGGUCAAGUUUUCUUGAGGCAUACAAGGACAAACAGGGUUGUUUUAAAGCAUUUCUGCCCUGGCCAAGAUUGCUCCCAUUGCACAGUACUUUAUACCAAUAGCUGGCUUAAUGGAGGCUAAAAAUUGAGUUGAUAGAGUUGGUCUCCAUUAUUGGAGCCAGUGAUGGGUAUGACAUCCUCUCUCUUGAAUUCUUACAUACCUUUUCAGAGGUCCUGGGAAAUUUUAAAUCAUGUCCAUUAAUUGGGAAGUGAGGAGAGCAGAAGCUCUCUAGGAGCUUAAGUUCAAUGCAGGCUUCCCCUUAAAUACAGAAUGUGUGAGAGACAGGUGGAGAGUUCAGGUGCUGCCUCUAAGGUGAAGGAAGGUGCCCUCACUCCUGCCAUUCCUAUUGAACGAUUCCAUGAUGUAAUAAUAAAGGUUAGCUGCCACUUAUGCCAGGGUAUUCUCAACUUCACAUAAUAUUUGGCCCCAAUCAAAUAGGCAGCCAGUUGACCAGCAUCCCAGCCCUACUCUGUGGAUGGACUGCCAACUGGCAGUGUUGAAAUGGGAUGAAACGUUUGUUGUUACUAAAAGGUAGGUCAAAGCUGGUAUAAAGUUAUUUUACACAAAUUCUGCAUUAGCAUUUAUGGGUUGCAGUGCUUGUGUCCUCUUUGUGUAAGCUAGGAGAACAUUAAAACCACUCGUCCAUUUUAUAGCAGAACUAUUCUAGGGUGAGAGAAAGUGACAAAACAGCUUUAGCAUUCUGCCAGCCAUUUUUGGAGCAAUCCUGUACAAGUUUACUAAUGGCAGAAUGUUUAAAGGUGGCUCAGAUAUGUGUACCAGAUGUGCUUUACUUUCCAAAUACACGGUGCUGGGAUUUUGAGUAUCAGUCUGUGGAACCCUCAAAAACAUGCAUUCUUGAGUCUGCAUCUUAACCAUUUUUCUGAAUCCCAGGUUUAAAGUGAGUCAAUAUUAAGUUUAAAAUGAGGCUGGUUAGUUGGUUGUUGAAACAUUGUAAGAUGAAGCACUGUUCCAAUGUCAUAUGGAAAAGAGUUGCCAGUGUCCAACCACUGCCCAGAACUCCACAAUACAAAUUUUAUCAUAAUAUUUCAGAGAGAUUCAAACCAGUUGUAGGCCUCUUUGUAAAUACACUUUGGGUAUACAGUGGUACCUCGGGUUACAUACGCUUCAGGUUACAGAUGCUUCAGGUUACAGACUCCGCUAACCCAGAAAUAUUACCUUGGGUUAAGAACUUUGCUUCAGGAUGAGAACAGAAAUCGUCCUCUGGCGGCGCGGCGGCAGCAGGAGGCCCCAUUAGCUAAAGUGGUGCUUCAGGUUAAGAACAGUUUCAGGUUAAGAACGGACCUCCGGGACGAAUUAAGUACUUAACCCAAGGUACCACUGUAUGUUAAGAAAUCAGCCCAUCCCUUCAAUUGCAUUUUGAAAUAUCCAACUUGCUGCUGCUGCUGCUUCUGUUUAUCCCAACUGAAUGUCUGUUGUAAUGAUGCAGAGAGGUUUUUUUAUACACUCAGGCUCUCACAUUGGGGCACUCCUUACAACCUCAAGCUCAAGGGCACAAAACUCCUUACAGAAAUUAACAAGGCAAGGCAGGGUGAGUGGGUGCAAUCCUUCCCUGAAGGACAUUUCAUGCAACACAAUACGAAGCAUGCUUAGUUGGAAGUAUAUAUCCCAUAGUAUUCAUUGGGGAUUAGUCCCAGGAGCCUUAAUUAGGGUGUAAAAUUACAAAAUAUAGCUCUAUUUAGCCCCUAAGUGCUCUGGAUGAUUGUUUCAGCAUAACUGAUUUUGUUUUUAUAGUCUGGACUUCCUUAGCUAUUCAGUCUCUCCUACCUAAUGUAAGGUGUAUGGUGUGAAAAUGACUUCCAACAGGAAAGCAUGGGGUGCAAGUUGUUCUUUUUAAACCUAGGAAGUGAGGCCUGACAAGCAGACCUAAGCGUUAUAGGCUUAGAUUUAACCAAUCCUUGAUGACUCUGUAAAUACAGUUCUUGAGACACGUAACAGUGCCAGCCUAGCUGUAGAGUGUUGACUGUAAGUCAGCUCCUGACCACUAGAUGCCAGUAGAUGAUAGUGAUAACUAUAAGAGACUAGGCGUUGUAAAAAUUAGCUGUAAUGUUAGCAGCCCCUGCCUGCAGUUUGCAGUGUAAACUAGGUAAGGCAGACAUGGUUUGGGAAGGCUAGAUGCAGAACAAAGCAGAAUUGGGUGCUGAACUCCUAAAAGAUGGGGAACUUGGGCCUUUUAAAAGGUUGUAGGAUUCCCACACCUGUCACCCCUUACUAUUCACCAUGCUGCCUAGGAAUGAGGGAGUCCAGUAACACCUUGAGGGCCACAGGUUUCCCAUCUCUUGGCUAGUAAAAGCAAAGGAGAGAACAUAUACUGAAAACCACAAAUUAUUACAAGGAAAAAUGUGUCUUCUGAUAUUAAGACUCCUGGGUACCUGUGGCCUGAACCACCAAUAACUAUGCUUCUUCCUUUAAAGGGUUGACAGCAUUUCACAGGAAUGCAAGCUGUGAUCUUGAAUGCCAAAGAUUAGAUGAGGGAAAUACACUCAGAUCACUCACAGAAAAUAUUACUAUUAACAAACAGGUGUUCACACAUGUUUGCGGAUUUCAAAGGGAAAUUCUGCUCUUUCCCCUGGCUAGCAGUAGUAGUUUGGGGUGACCAUCUGCCCUAGGUUCUUUAGCUGAGAUUCUUGCAUGCUGCGGGUUGGACUGGAUGACCCUCAGGAUCCCUUCCAACUCUACAAUUCCAUGAUUCUAACUGUGAGUACAACAUAACUAUAUAUUGGGUUUGGUGAUUCUUGUUAUUCUUGAGGUUGAAUGCUUCCCCCUACACAAUAAAAAAUGAUCCCUUCACUUUGGUUUUGGCCUGUAGUGUGAUAGAAUGUCCUACCUCCUUUCUUGCUUUUUAAAGAAAUUAAGUUCUGGGUGUGAGCUUUCCCUCCAGGUUUCAAGGGAACAUGUACAGAUGGGAGAGGAAAGUAAACAGAUAAUUGGGAAAAGGCUGCAACUUCUCUUAUAAAAAGUGCCAGCUUCAAUCCGUGGCAUCUCUGGGUAGGACUAAGAGAGAGCUAUGAAUCCAUGUAGACAGCACUGAGCUAGAUGCACCAAGGUAGAUUCUGAAUCUAUACUAUAGCAAAUAUUUUCCUUUCAGUUUCUCCUUUCUUUUUACUCUAUGGUUCAUAAUACAGUAUAACAAUGAAACACAGGAAUGGGUUGAUUGGUGGUGGGAGCCAGGAGUAGAAAGUGAAAGGAAAAGCUUCAUCAGCAUGAUUUGCAAGCCAUCCAGAACAAGUGAAAUUAACAAGACUUCCCCCGUAUGGCUAUGACGGAUGAUGCAAGUGGGGAACGAAGAGCAAGCUCCAUGCUUUCCAGGAAGCCAUGUGGACUUCAUGAAUACAAAUGAUGAUUCCAAACAGUGCAUCAGAUUUUACCUUUGAUGCUGAUUUUGUAAUGUUCCCCAUCAGAGAAUUCCACCCCCCUUGCCCCAAAAGCUCGUCAUUGCUAGAAAAGCCAACCAUCCAUUGCUUGGAGGCAAACUAUACAGUGGUACCUCAGGUUACAGACGCUUCAGGUUACAGACUCCGCUAACCCAGAAAUAGUACCUCAGGUUAAGAACUUUGCUUCAGGAUGAGAACAGAAAUCGUGCUGCAGCUGGAGGCCCCAUUAGCUAAAGUGUUACCUCAGGUUAAGAACAGUUUCAGGUUAAGAACGGACCUCCAGAAUGAAUUAAGUUCUUAACCAGAAAUACCACUGUAUUUGGUUCUAUCUUGGUCUGAAAGUAUGUGUUUUGUUGUUGCUGUUUCUUUCCCCCCUCUUAUCAGAAAAGGCCCCAUCUUUUUAUUAACUGGCAUUAGAAUUAAUCGCUUAAACAUAUCAUUUUAUAUUGCACAUCUUUUCCCAGUUCUUAAAGAGAAUGCCACUAAAGCUGAUUAUGGCAUGUAUCUUAACAUGCUGUAUACGCAUGAGCACAAGGUGGAGCAAAUGAUGCUGCUUUUGUAUUUUGACCAACUUGGUCCUUGUAUGCAGCUGCUUUUGGAGAGUGUUGUGGAAAACAGCAUAUUUUGUUCUGUAUGGAAAGUCUUUCAGUUUUCAGUAGGUAGAACAAUGUGAGUGUUUGCAAAGGUUGUUCUGUGUUUGGCUGUACAAUAUUUUUUCUUCCUGACCACAGGCCACUGUAUUCUGCUCUGGUCAGACCUCACCUGGAGUACUGUGUCCAGUUCUGGGCACCACAGUUCAAGACGGACACUGACAAACUGGAACGUGUCCAGAGGAGGGCAACCAAAAUGGUCAAAGGCCUGGAAACGAUGCCUUAUGAGGAACGGCUAAGGGAGCUGGGCAUGUUUAGCCUGGAGAAGAGGAGGUUAAGGGGUGAUAUGAUAGCCAUGUUCAAAUAUAUAAAAGGAUGUCACAUAGAGGAGGGAGAAAGGUUGUUUUCUGCUUCUCCAGAGAAGCGGACACGGAGCAAUGGAUCCAAACUACAAGAAAGAAGAUUCCACCUAAACAUUAGGAAGAACUUCCUGACAGUAAGAGCUGUUUGACAGUGGAAUUUGCUGCCAAGGCGUGUGGUGGAGUCUCCUUCUUUGGAGGUCUUUAAGCAGAGGCUUGACAACCAUAUGUCAGGAGUGCUCUGAUGGUGUUUCCUGCUUGGCAGGGGGUUGGACUCGAUGGCCCUUGUGGUCUCUUCCAACUCUAUGAUUCUAUGAUUCUAUGACAGGCCAUUUCCCUUUUGAAUAGAAAAGUGUGCAUUCUUCCCUCCCCAGCUUCUCCCCUAUAGUAAAAGUUUCUUGACAUGUUAUUCGGAAGCAUUCUUGAAGCUUCAACCUAAGCUACACCAAACAGGUUGUGUUGCAGCAAUAUUUCUGCAUCUGCUUCAGAACAGAAAAGUUUUUAUAGUGCAACCUUAUGUAUGGUUACCUGGAAAUGAAUCCCACUGUGUUGAGGGGUGAUUAUUCUCUGAUAGUGUGCUUGGGUUGCAGCCACAGAAUACUUGAAUUGUUCACUCUCACAACAAUCUGUUGUUGAGGACUGUUAUUUUAGUAGACUUGCAAGUAACAUGAAAACAGUGAAUUGUGCAGAUGGUUAUGCUGUGGUUGUGUUUAACUGGAUUGCGUUGUUUUAAUAAACCUGGGGGUAUGUGUGUGGGGGUGGGAAGCACCCUGAACUCUUAAUGUAUUGGAAAGCUGCAAGCUAUUUUCUGUAAUGUGUUCAGAUUGAAAUAAAUGCCCUUCUUCAUUCUCUUCUAAUCCCAAAAUGUUUAGAAGACACUUUGCACAUCAACAGAACUCAGGAUACUUCAGUCAGUAGAGUUCAUCUAAGGGUCAUGGGUUUGAGCCCCACGUUGGGCAAAAGAUUCCUAUAUUUCAGGGGCUGGACUAGAUGACCCUUGCAGUCCCUUCCGAUUCUACAAUUCUGUGGUUCCAAGCACAUGGAAAACAGCUCCUUCACAGCUGACUUAAUAAGCAGCGUUCUUGCACACUACGGAAUGUAGGUUCAUCUUGUCCUUGAUCCGAACACAGUGUAGAAACAGGGAUUACUAUUCCUUGGGAAGGCCACAGUACCAUCAGCUUGGUGUUUACAUGAAAAUGCAAUCUGGCUGCUUGGUCAGAGAAUAACACAUCUCUUUGUGUAGAUUAACUCAAAACCGGAGGCCUGCUUUUACCAUUUUAGUUGUCUUUAAUUAAUAAAAUGCACACACAAACUUUUUUGCUUAUGGCAAUGCCAAAAGGCAUGCCAAAUUCAUAAAUGGAUACAAUGUGACGCCCAAUGUAUAUAUGUGAAUAUGAAAGGGAAUACUGUAUGCUAUAACUUUGACUUGAAAUAGUGUUGACCUGCAUGUUGUUCUCUCACUCCCCGCCCCCCCAUAAGAACAACAUAACUUCUUGGAUAUACAUCUAAUAUACUACAUAUCAAAUAGUAAAACAAACCUUUCUGAAUGUGCACAAUUGCACCUGUACAACUAUCCUUUCACCAGAGAUUUUGAUGUGGCAUGAAAAAGGAAAUGAAGGAAGAGACUAAAAUAGUCAGGGUUAUGCAAGUUCAGAAACUACCCUUUUUCUCACAGAAGGAAAUUAGCAAGCUGGCUAUGGUGAAAGGGUGUCUGUGCCUCAAAUCAGCUCUUAAAGGGAAGAGGCUGUGGUAAUGAAGCAGGAUGGGUGGGACAAUGGGAUGUGGUUGCUAGCUUUUCAGUCAUCUCAUCUAGCUGUGUUUUACAAGCAGGGUGAUAUGCAGGAAUUAGCAGGAGGAGCUAUGCAUGGCAAAGAGACCUACAUUAUCACUUGCUAGGUGCUCCACAGUAAGCUGCAUCUAAAGGCUUGCUUAUUUAUUUAGCAGAGAAUUGACACCCUACAUUUCCUCAUUUGGUUCCCAAAGUGGCCUGCAGUUGAGACAGGAACUGGAAUAAGGGAAGACUAUUACCAGCUCUUCAUGCUAUUCAAUUUCAAAAUUGGAGUGGAGAUGAGGCACAGAACUUCCUCAUAUUCGGUUUUGGCUGCUCCCUUUCAAACAGACAAAUUUAGUGUCUCAUGCCGCACUAGAUCUUACAGCUCUGUUGUCCCAGGUAUUUUAAUUUUCCAUUGUCUCUUACUAUCAUAAGCUGUAGUUUAACAUUAAAGCCUCUUCAUGGUCCCAAUACAGUCGUUUGGUAAAAAGGAAAAAUUAUUUCUGACUCAACCUGUCAAUGGCUGAGGAGGGUAUCUGCACAAAGGCCAGCAGCAAAAUGCUAGGUAUGAGAAAAGACUGUUGGGCAAGGGGAGAAAUUAGGUGCUGAACAUUUGGCUUUUUUACUGCUCCAUUAAAAAAGAUGGCUUGUUUGAAAUUUGAUAGCCAAUUCAGCACACCUGUUUACAGUGGUGCCUCGCAAGACGAAAUUAAUCCGUUCCGCGAGUCUCUUCGUCUUGCGGUUUUUUCGUCUUGCGAAGCACGGCUAUUAGCGGCUAUUAGCGGCUUAGCGGCUAUUAACGGCUUAGCGGCUUUAAGAAAAAGGAAACAAACUCGCAAGAACUCGCAAGACGUUUCGUCUUGCGAAGCAAGCCCAUAGGGAAAUUCGUCUUGCGGAACGACUCAAAAAACGGAAAACUCUUUCGUCUAGCGAGUUUUUCGUCUUGCGAGGCAUUCGUCUUGCGGGGCACCACUGUAUUGAUGCGGUAUUGUUUUUAAUAUUCAGUUGGAAGCCGUACAGAGUGGCUGGGGAAACCCAGCCAGAUGGGUGGGGUAUAAAUAAUAAAUUAUUAUUAGUAAAGAUAAAGGGACCCCUGACCAUUAGGUCCAGUCAUGACUGACUCUGGGGUUGCGGUGCUCAUCUCGCUUUAUUGGCCGAGGGAGCCAGUCUACAGCUUCCGGGUCAUCUGGCCAGCAUGACUAAGCUGCUUCUGGCAAACCAGAGCAGCGCACGGAAACGCCGUUUACCUUCCCUAUUUAUCUACUUGCACUUUGUCGUGCUUUCAAACUGCUAGGUUGGCAGGAGCAGGGACCAAGCAAUGGGAGCUCACCCCGUCAUGGGGAUUCGAACCGCCGACCUUCUGAUCAGCAAGUCCUAGGCUCUGUGGUUUACCCACAGCACCACCCGCGUCCACUUAAUUAUUAUUAUUACUUGACCACAUAUCCUUGUGCAGACCAAAAGUUGCGGGCUUUGUGUCUCUAGCAAUUUGCAAACUACCUGGUUGUUGGUUAAGAAGAGAGGGUGGAGACAUACAGUAGACAUAGAUAUGGCUGUUCUUUUAUAAGCACUGUGGACCUUUAAAAUGAAAGAUCCAUGAACAUAGCUUGGCCACCCCCACACAAUGGCUUUUGGUUUUUUUAAGUUUUUCCAAAUGAUAUAGGCAUUACUCCUUGCAGACCCAGCCCAGUUGUGUUCAUCCCCCAAGCUGCCUGUCUCUGCUGCCUCACCCUUUUCCUGGAAGUCUCCUUUUGCUCUUGUAGUUCCCACUUAUCUCUGCUAAAUGCCUAGUAUUUGUCUUUCUACUGCUUUUCUCCUCUGUCCCACUCAUAUCUGAAUACUUGUGAAAUUAUUUCUCUUCACUGACCCGGAAGUUUAUUUCUUGGCUAUUCCAAUAUGCCAGUAAAUGGUAAAAAAGGUAAAGGACCGCUGGAUGGUUAAGACCAGCCCAAGGUGACUAUGGGGUGCUUUAAAGGCUCGACCAGCUUCUAUUUGCCCUCUUUCUUUCAGGCCUGUACAUUCUGCAAACAAGAUAUAUUUUAGGCUCAUGUUUCUCUAUAACUAGGCCCUUUAGCUGAUUAAAAGUUCUAUGGCCUUUUAAAUGUGUUUGGGGGGGGGCUGCUAUUGAUUUUUUUAAUUAUUAUGUAUUUUGUGUUCUCAUUCUGCAUUUUUAUGUUGUAAACCACCCUGUGAUCUUCAGGGUGGUAUACUACUACUACUACUACUGUUGUUGUUGUUGUUUAGUCGUUUAGUCAUGUUCGACUCUUUGUGACCCCAUGGACCAGAGCACGCCAGGCACUCCUGUCUUCCACUGCCUCCCGCAGUUUGGUCAGACUCAUGUUUAUAGCUUCGAGAACACUGUUCAACCAUCCUCUGUCGUUCCCUUCUUCUUGUGCCCUCCAUCUUUUGCAACAUCAGGGUCUUUUCCAGGGAGUCUUCUCUUCUCAUGAGGUGGCCAAAGUCUUGGAGCCUCAGCUUCAGGAUCUGUCCUUCCAGUGAGCACUCAGGGCUGAUUUCCUUCCGAAUGGAGAGGUUGGAUCUUCUUGCAGUCCAUGGGACUCUCAAGAGUCUCCUCCAGCACCAUAAUUCAAAAGCAUCAAUUCUUCGGCGAUCAGCCUUCUUUAUGGUCCAGCUCUCACUUCCAUACAUCACUACUGGGAAAACCAUGGCUUUAACUAUACGGACCUUUGUUGGUAAGGUGAUGUGUCUGCUUUUUAAGAUGCUGUCUACUACUACUACUACUUCAUUAAUUUGCUCUCUGUUUCCAAGCUCUCAGCCUUCCCCUCUCUCCCACCUGCUUGCCCCUGAGCACAAGCUCUUUCUAUUUUUCUGUGGGGCUUUUCCCGGUCAAACACAACUGCUUCCCCACAGCUGCCUUUUAAGUAUGUAAACUGGUUGUGACUAUCCAUCUCAUCACUCCAUAUGAGUGAACACUCCAUAACUUUGCAGUGUCUAGAAAGGAUUGGCAAUAUGUUCCUACCAACAGUGGACAAAGUUUAGCCUAUUAUGUAUGGAUUUAUUUCCCAAAGAUAAAAAUAUGGAAACUUGUUUACUGUACAGAAUACAGUUGAUCUCUUUGCAUCCAUCCCCUAUAUAGUGGUACCUCAGGUUAAGAACUUAAUUCAUUCUGGAGGUCCGUUCUUAACCUGAAACUGUUCUUAACCUGAAGCACCACUUUAGCUAAUGGGGCCGCUGCGCCGCUGCUGCGCGAUUUCUGCUCUCAUCCUGAAGCAAAGUUCUUAACCUGAGGUACUAUUUCUGGGUUAGCGGAGUCUGUAACCUGAAGCGUCGUAACCUGAAGCGUCUGUAACCCGAGGUACCACUGUAUAUUCCAGUAACUAAACGUAGAGCCGAAAUCUUGCUGCUAUUCAUUGCAAACACUGCUUGAAAAUAAAGGAAUACUUAUCUCAUAAACAAGGUGAUCAUCUAAAAUAAGUAGCUAACAGAAAACAGUGUCUUAAUCAUGGGAAAUGUGUUUUGUGACAAAUCUCAUGCCACGACUUCUGCUGAUCCUAGUUGGGCAUAAUUUCCCACAAGAACUUAAAAUGUCUCUUGAACUUCACCCCCACCUCACAACUGGCAAUUCUUUUGAGCUGGCAUAAUCUGCGAGUGGGGUUUUUGCUCAUGGAUUUGGCCCAGUGCCUUUAUUUGAUCUCUGCUGUUCGUCUGUGGGAGCACUUGAAAUAGGUAGGAAAAAAUGUGCAUCAAGUUCAGCUAGCCUUAGAAUUGGCCUCUUGCCUGCUAACUGGAAACAUGCUAUUAGUCUGGAAUUCUAUUCUAGUCUAUUAAGUAAGCUGGAAAGCUUACUUAAAAAGGAGGCAGAGCAAAUCCCAAGGGGCUGGUGGGUGGCAGCAAGGAAUCGUGGGCUGUGCCACGGUCCACGUGAAAACAACGUGGUGUGCGUCUUUCUACAGGAAUGAGUACAGCACAAUCUGCCCUUUCCCAUCAACGCUGUUGUUUGCUGUUCUGCUUUGGAAUUAGAGUUCACUUUUUUCCUUGAGCAUUGGCCAUAUAUAAAUCCUAUUUAUUGCUGAGGCUGUAACUGCUGCUUAGUGCUAGGUCUUGGGUUUUGUUGGUCCUAACUGUCUACCUUCAUUUUUCAGUUGUGUGCCCAGGCUUGCUUGCUUUUUUUUUUUUUUUUUAAGAGUAGGAGGCAAGAGAUAACAUGUCCUAACUGAUAAGCCAGCACCAACAGAGUGUGUUGGACUUGGACCUGUGAAGUCUUGUGGUGUGUUCUGCUGUUGACUCACUAGAUGUCUUUGAUUCCGUUGCAGUUUCUCUGCUUGCUUCCCUGUUUGUAAAAUGGGGAUAACUGGGAGCAGAGCUUGGAGUGUUUUUGGACUCUUGGAGAUUUGAUGCAGGCUACAAAGUAUUUGAUAUUUCUCCCAAACUUGGUUUGUUUUCCUAUCUGGUCUAGAGGUAUCACUGUGAGGGGUAUUCAGCACAAUCCUACUCAGAGAAAUCCUACUGAAGUUAAUGGGCAUGACAAACUUGAUUUAUUUAAAUGGGUCUACUGAGAGUAGGGUGCAGUUGGAUACAGCCCCAUAGAUUUGCAAGUCUGCUACCCAUUCCAAAACCUGUACAGGAGGAUUUCCCAAGUUUUUUUGGGGGGGGGCUGUUGGCACUGCCCUCAUGCCACAAUAUAUAUAAUAUAAAAUAAUAAUAAUAAUAAUAAUAAUAAUAUAUUAUUUAUACCUCACCCAUCUGGCUGGGUUUCCCUAGCGACUCUGGGCGGCUUCCAACUGAAUAUUAAAAACAAUACAGUAUCAGACAUUAAAAACUUCCCUAAACAGUUGUCUUUUGAGAGUAAAAUAGUUUUAUUGCCUUGACAUCUGCUGGGAGGGCGUUCCACAGGGCAGGUGCCACUACCGAGAAGGCCCUCUGCCUGGUUCCCUGUAACCUCACAGCGAGGGAACCGCCAGAAGGCCCUCGGUGCUGGACCUCAGUGUCUGGGCACGACGAUGAGGGUGGAGACGCUCCUUCAGGUAUACAGGACCGAGGCCAUUUAGGGCUCUAAAGGUCAGACCAACACUUUGAAUUGUGCAUGGAAACGUAGGCAUAUGCAUGUACCACACAGCUACUCAUGUGCUCCACUUACUACUCAUACCCAUGUGCCACAAUUAGGUUUGAAUAAAGCUGCCUUCGACUCAGAUAGAAAGGUCCUUUGAAGUCUAAUUUCAGUGCAUGGGGUGGGUGCAGGUGGGAGACAGGAUGGGACCCUGAAGGACCAGGGAAGUCCUCUGUGGGUGUACUCAGAAUUAAGUCUUGCAGAGGUCACGCUGUCAUAACACUUUGCCCAGAAUAUCUUUUGAGUACAUUUUGUGGUUUGAAAUAGUAUGCUGGACUCUGGCACCAUGAGAACCUUAAGCCACUGAAGCAGACAUCCCCAAGCAAGUGCCUGCUUACAGUUGUCUGAGCAGGACUGUAAUAUUGCGGCUCUGCAAAUAAAGCUAUAAGGUAUAGGCUUUCCUACCUGUAGGUGGCUCAUAUUCUACCCAGAGAUUCAAAUGAGUGACUCUUUGCAAGCUUGGAAUGUUGUCCAGAGUUAAUUUCCUUUGCAGAGUAGCUUGGCCCGAACCUAUUACAGGUUGCUAGGCAGUUGACUUGGACCAGAAGUCCCAUGGGAAGAAAAUCCGGAGAGAACAUGAAAGGAAGGUUCUUUGCCAAUAUAGGAAGUCUGCUGUUGGAAGAUAGUGGAGGAGUUAAAUGGUGAAUUCGGGGUUGAUGCAUGCAUGCUGCCAUGAUGAUGUGGGAAGCAUGCCAGAUCACCACUGCCCAUCAUAUAAAUUACUCGUGGAUAAUGACACUUUGUUAAUAUUCUCUGAUUAGCUCAGUUGUGUUGCUUCACCUUUUCAAGCUGGACAAAGAAGUUGAGGGCAAAUGUUCUUAGAAGUCUGUCCCACUGCGCCAUGGGACUUGUUCAAAAGCUGGCGUGUUUAUGAUUACAGCCAUUGUUUUUGCUAUUUAAAAGGAGGUGGGGGAAGCACAUGCACAAUAUUGCUGAAACCUGUCUGAGGUGUCUAAAGCCGCUUUCCCCAGAAACCCCAAAGGAUAUAAAAAGAUCAAAGUAGUGGCUGCUGUAGACUGUCUGAAAAGUACAAGAAGUCCUGAAAUCAACAGUAGCAGUCUGUGUCCGAUCCACUUGGUUUCAGUGGCCAGAUAUUGUUUUGCACACCGACCCACCCACCAAUUGCUAUUUAACCUUUUCCACCCAGUUGUGCCACUUUCAUGGUUUUGCUGCAUUAGAAGCAGCCACUAGAAUUGCUAAUUGAUUCAGAGUUGCAAAUUGCCAAAUAGUGGCUCAGCCAGAGUGUUUUGGGAGUUGCUUUUCUCGGAGGGUAGAAUUUCCCCUUAGAUUUGAGAUUUCUACCUUUCCCACUCCUAAGGAUUUAAGAAUUUUAACAUCAUGUUUACUGUAUGUGAAAAGAGAUAUAUAUAUAUAUAUAUAUACACACACACACAACAAAAGUAGGGUAACAGUAUAAGCUGUGUGCAGUGGGGCUUACUUUUUAGUAAACAUGUAGAAUUGUGGCCUUAAAAGAUGUAAACUAGAUACAAAUACAUUGGGCUGAAACUCCCUUUCCAACCUGGGAAUUAAAAAUGCUUACUCAGUUUCUGCCUUGUUUACAACUGUUAGAGGGUGCUGAAGGUUAUUUCCUUGUUGUAAUUGUAAAUUGUCAUUAGCAUAAUCUAGCUGCCUGAAAAUGCAUUAUUCAAUAUGCAUUUAAAAUCAUUGAAUAGAGCUGUGUGUCAGUGUUUUAAAACUGGAAAAACAAAGCUGGUUAGAAGCCAAAGAGGAAGGAAAUAGAGAAUUGCUACCCAAUUUAUUUUGGACAUUGAAGGGUGUUUUAAGGUUAGCAGGGCUACUAGAUUAAACUCUCUGGACAAACCCUCAAACAGAACAGCUACCAAAGUUUGGUUGAAUAUGCUGAUGGAGUCUUUUGAGACUUGCAGUAAUUUAGGUGACUUGGAGGAGAAGCUGGACUGGAAGAUAUACUGCUACUAAGGGUCUCUUGUCUAAUAGUGUUAGGUAUCUGGGCUGUAAUGUUCAGGCUGAAUGGACCAAUGUGUGUUGCUCAAGCAGGGAACGAAGAAGAAAGCUUAGUUCUGUUGAAUUAUAAGGCAUUCAUAUUUAGUUUUUAGAAAUAUGCAGAUUUAUUAAAAUUGAUCCAUCUGUUUUAAAGGCAGAUGACUGAUUCAUAACUAAAAAUGUUUUGAAUACAUGACAGCUCAGCUGUUUAUUUUUACCUCUGUGUCUUUUGGGACCUUCAAAGGGUCCUCUUAUCUACAUUUUGGGAAGAAUCCAAGCUUAUUGUUCUGUUUGAUGUUCCCAGCAUGCUUCCUCCACAACAAUAGAUUGACAAGAUAUGCAUAUAGUGGGGAUGGGUAGCAGGCUUUCCUUCCAGUUAAGCAGGCAGAACAGGAAACCUACCACAAGGGUCCAGUAUAUUUGGCUGAAGGGAAACACUCUUGUUUUUCCUUCUUCAGUUUACCUCCCUUGGUGCAGAUUAAUUCUGGAAGGGGAGAGGGUGGGGAAGGUUAAGCAAACAAGCUGAGCUUCCAGCCAGGCAGCCAAAAGGAACUUGCUGUCAAAGCAUCUUUGGAGAGGCAAAGCAGAAAUUAGAAAAAGAACCAGAUGGCAUAAACAUUGAGAUACGCUGGCCAGACUCCUGGCUGCCUGCAAAGCAAAGGCACCAUCCAACCUCAACAGGAGAAUAUCCUGUUCUGUUCUGUCCAAGUGGAUGGCGUGCACUGCUGCUCCAUGACGGAUUUGCCAAUGACAGGAUUCAGUUUGCUGUGUUACCCUACCUACCCAUGGUCUGCUGGAUGAGACUAAAUGUGGAUAAGGGAGACCUCAUACCACUGCACUUGUGCAAAUUGUGACUAUGGAGCAAGACACCCACAAUUUAUUAAUAUAUUUAUAUUUAUUUCAACAGCCUGUCUACCGCUUAAUCACAGUUGUCUCUAAGUGAUGUACAGGGGGCUAAAGAUGAGUUAAAACAAUAAAAUCAGAUCCCAGUUAAAAGCUUGCUGGAUUAAAGAAGUCUUCAGUAAGUGCCAGAAGUUCAACUGGAAGUGAGUUCCAUAAAAUUGGGCCCACAAUGGCUCUUGCUUGGAAAUAAUAAUAAUAAUAAUAAUAAUAAUAAUAAUAUAUUUAUAUCCCGCCCUCCCCAGCCGAAGCCAGGCUCAGAGCGGCUAACAAUAAUAUAAGUAACACAGCAUUCUAAAAUCAAUUCAUUCUAAAAUCAGUUGAAAGCAAAUUAAUGGCAACCAUUGGGCUAGAGUUCUGUGAAGAAUUGGCCAAAGGCCUGGUGGAACAGCUCUGUCUUGCAGGCCCUGUGGAAAGAUGUCAAGUCCCGCAGUGCCCUAGUCUCUUGUGACGGAGCGUUCCACCAGAUUGGAGUCACAGCCGAAAAAGCCCUGGCUCUGGUUGAGGCCAGCGUAACCUCUCUGUGGCCCGGGACCUCCAAGAUGUUUUUGUUUGAAGACCGUAAGGUCCUCCAUGGGACAUACCAGGAGAGGCGGUCCCGUAGGUCCUAGGCCGUAUAGGGCUUUAAAGGUUAAAACCAGCACCUUAAACCUCAUCCUGUGCUCCACCGGGAGCCAGUGCAUCUGUACAUCUGAGCCAUAGGGGACCACUAACAGUGGCUCCCCUGAAGACAGCUGGGAUUGAGCACAGAAUAUAAGGGAUCAGGUGUUCCAUGAGGUGUCCUGGACCCAAGUUGGUUAAGAACCUUGGAAAGACACUUGGAAAGUAGUAGGGCUUCCUAGGGAUGACCUAGACCUGGUAUGUGUUUUGUAUGCAAAACGUCCCAGCUGGUAGAGAUCUCUGUGGAACCCUGGAGAGCUGCUACCAAUCAAUGUAAACAGUAUUGAGCUAGGCGGAGCAAUAACUCGGGAAGCUGCCUUGUAUUAUGUUCCUAGGGAUGAAAACCUGUCUCACCUCCAAAUGGGAGGAGAGGCUGGGAUGAUGGUAACUGCAAAUUAUGGCUGGCUGAAUAGUGUAUUCCAGGGCGGUCUUAAGAACAACUCGUCUGUGCAAUUGAGAGAUGUAAAAGUUAUCCAGUUACUCCACACCAGUUUGGAGGUCGGUGACUCCAACAAUUUUUCUGCGGGAGGGGGGGGAGUGAGCAACUGGCGAAUUAGCAUAUUGAUAUAGACAAAUGGAGAGGCUCAGAAGCUUCCUGUCAAAUCCCAGAGUGACUGCAGCUAUUUGCUGGAGGAAGUCGUGCCAUUGUUCAGUCUUCCUCAAGUAAAUAUUUAAGAGUUUCUAGUAUGCUCAAAUGGCUUGUCAAAUAGCACCAAAGAGCUCUGAGCAUCAGUAAAUACAAAGGAACAGAACAAUGCCCUGGCCCUCUGAAUUCUACCCAGCAGAAGUAGCAAGAGAGGAGCCGGGUUCAAUAACUAUCAUCUUACUGGCCAUGGUGGCUAGAACAAAUAUUUUCUUCUGCAUUGUAGCAGCAACAUCAAUGUACAUGCUAAAUGGUAGAUGUUUUUGUCUUCUCAGAAUCGUCUCCACAUCCCCCACAGAUCUCCCAUCUAUGACUUCUCUUCCCAGUUUUUAAAGAUUGUACCUGCACAGGUUCCUGCAUGUCUCCUGUGUAAAUGAUGUAGAACAGGCAUGUGUUUCAGAUUGAUUCAGCAGAGCACUGAUGGAAGUUAUACAGUUUACAGCAUUCAUAGGACUUCCACCCACCCAAAUACUAUGAUGUAAACUGAAGCACAGAGUGGAAACAUUAUAGCCUGCUAGUUGUUGGAGCUUCAUGUAAUAAAAAAUCCAUUACAGUGGUGCCUCGCAAGACGAAAUUAAUCCGUUCCACGAGAGUCUUCGUCUAGCGGUUUUUUUGUCUUGCGAAGCAAGCCCAUUGACGGAUUAGCGCUAUUAGCGCUAUUAGCGGUUUAGCGGCUAUUAAAGGCUUAAAGGCUUAGGGGAUUAGCUGCUAAAAGGCUAUUAAAGGCUAUUAAAGGCUUAGCAGAUUAGAUAAAGGGGGGGAAAAGCGAAAAAAAUCUCAAGACUCGCAAGAUAUUUUCGUCUUGCGAAGCAAGCCCAUAGGGGAAUUCGUCCUGCGAAGCAACUUCAAAACGGAAAACCCUUUCGUCUAGCGGUUUUUCCGUCUUGCGAGGCAUUCGUCUUGCGGGGCACCACUGUAUUUGAUCAAAUUAGGUGUUGUCAUUGGCCAAUUAUAUAAAACUACUCUUCUGAGAUAUUAAAAAUCUGAGUUUUGGAUAAAAGCUACGGAGUCCAAAAUAAAUGAAAAGGUCUGUGCCUCAAGCUUAUUAGACAGUGAAACUUGGAAGUGAACGUAUUUGCUUAAGUCUGUUCUAGUCCUGGAGAAUGACUUAAGGCACUGGAUUUAACACCCUUAAAAGGUGUGUGUCACACAACUGUGGUAUUGUAUGAAAUGCUCCCUGGCACUGUUCCAUUCUCUGCAAGGCUGAUUUGGCCACUGAAAUACUGAGACAACCUUGCAGUUGGAAUAUUUGUCAGAAACAUAUGGCUUCUUCAGAACCUGCAAUUUCCAUGGAGGUCACUGACAUAUGGCAGAUGUUCAGAAGCACGGAAAGAAUAACAAUAUUUAUUUAUUUUACUUGGUACCUUUAUGAAAAUUCAGGUAGUGAUCGUGCAAAGAAAUAAGAGCUUUUCCAUUCUCUUGCACUGGAAAGCCAGAAACAGCUGUUCUGUUCUGAUGAGAGCAAGCAUGCAGAGACCUGAGCAGAGUCAGUUCUAAUUUUGGAAACCAAGCACUGGUGCUGAGAUGGAAGUUGUUAGGAAUGGAGUGUUCCCUUCUCAGUUCUUGGCCUGGAAUUACUUGUGAGGGCAUUUUAGUGAGCUGCAGUUUCAUGAUAUUAUUACUAUUAUUUAUUAAAAUUUGUAUACCAUCCUUUAUCUGAAGAUCACAGGGCAUUUCACAACAUAGAUAUUCAAAAUGAGAACACAGAAUACAUAAUAAAACAAAAACAAACCAGUAACCUCUUUCCCACAAAAUGCCAUAGAAUGUUAAUUAGCCAAAGGCUUGGUUAUAGAGAAACAUUUAUGUAACUUACCGGCCAGUUAGCUAUCUCUCCUUCUUGAGUAAGGUUCUUGAGUGGGUGGUCAAGGACCAGAUCCAGGUGUACUUGAAGGGAACUCACUUUACAGAUUCAUUUCAACCAGGGUUUAGGUCCGGUUUGGAACAGAAACUGCUUUGGUCACCCUGUAUGAUGACCUCUGUUGGGAAAGAGACAGAGAAAAUGUGUCCCUGUUAAUUCUCCUCAACCUCUCACUGGCUUUUGAUACCAUCAGUCAUGGUAUCCUUCUAGAGUGGCUGUCUGAGUUAGGGGUGGGUGGCCCCACUUUGCAGUGGUUCCUGUCCUACUUGGAUUUUCUUUUCCAGAGGGUGAUGCUUGGGGAGCCAUCAGUGUGGAGUUUCCCAGGCUUCGAAUUUUAUUCCCUAUGCUGCUUAACAUCUACAUGAAACUGCUGAGUGGUAUCAUUUAGAGUUUUGGAGUAGGUUGUCAGAAUAUGCUGAUGACACAUAACUGCUUAAAAGCUCUCUGCCUUGCAUGGGGUCAAGGCUCACUUGGCACACUGGCGCAUGCACACAUGUGUAUGUAUAUCUUGUGCUAAAUGUUAUUGAUAUCAAAGAUCCCUGGAACUCUGUAAGAGCUUUAGAGUUUUCCUUGUAACUGCUGUCAUAAACAAGAAAACAUUUUCUGUCCACAGGUACUCUCUGCGGCGAGGAAGCUCAUUCACAUUUCUAACUCCUGGGCCACAUUGGGAUUUUACUCUGGUAAGUAAAGCAAAGAGCGUAUUAAUUCACAAUUGGAAUAAUGAACAAAGAAACAGUUCAUGUUCUUCCUCUCUCAACUAAAAGUUUGUUCUGUGCCCAGACAGACAGCUAUAGUUUUUUUCCUUUCUGUAUACUGCUGGUGGUUAAACCAGCUUUGCUAGCUCUCAGAUGGCAGUCAGUGUACCUGAUCUGCCUUGUGAGACUUACAUGAUGUGCAGCAGUGUAUUUCCAUGUGCUAGAACGUCUGCCAUUAAUUUCUUCUUUUUGCAUACUGUAACAGAAUAAUUGGACCAGCUGUGGAUCGAGUAGAAUUUAAACAAGACCUGCUGAAGUCAAUGUGACAUAUACAGCAUCUACAGUCAGGAACUGAUUUCCAAAAAAAUCAUCCAGUAAAAAGAUAUUUCCCGUCUCAAAAUGUGUGUGCCCAUUGUGUCUUGAUUUCCUUACAUGUAGAAGCUACUUCCACUCCUGCGGCUCAGGAAAGCAUAUUGCUUUUAGCAGGAACACUGUGUGGCUAGACAGCUAAAGUAAUUUUAUCUUCUAAUGGCACUUUCUGCUUACACAUUUGUUUCUUGCCUGGGACUAUUGGCAUCUGUAAUGGUUCAAGGGGUUGCUCGUGCGUAAGCCGGUGCCCACACCUGGCUGGGUUGCCUAAGUGAACCUUUUCUGUCUGGACAGCCACUCACCCGUGACUGUCUCAAUCGCUGGCAGAAUUCGUCAGUGGGCAUUUCUUAAACUUCUUCCAGCAAAGAAGUUCUUUCAUGCCUAGUCGCCUCCUACUUUCCCUGCACGGAAGCCUUCUGCACAAGGAAGGCGUAGGCAGCGGAGGACCCUUCCUCCCCCUGCUGGUCCCAGGCAAGGAGUCCUGUGACUCCCUCUCAGAUUCCUCCAUCUGCCCCCCUUCUCUACUGGAGCUGGGCUGAUUCCCUUCCCCAGAAGAUGGGCUGCCUCUCCCAAUCCCGUGACGCUCUCUGGGAUCCCUCUGGAGCUCUCUCUCUCCCUCCGGCACUGAUGGCAGUUCCCUGACAGCAUCAUUGGAGAAAAUAGUAUUUUUUUCCCAUCUUCCUUAUUGGAGAUGGUGCAUUUCAAACUUAGAACACAGAAGGCAUGUUCAGGCAUUUGUCUGAACAUGUAAAUGCUGUAUCUGUGGUGGGAGGCAGGGGUGUACAUGCACGUCUUGCCCCAAUGUCUCCAUACAUGUUAUCCUUUAUCAGUGUCCCCAGUCACAUGGAGAUUUAUAUUCAUGUUCAAGCAAUCACAAGAACAAGGCCUUACAGAUGUACCCUGCUCAUUAAGUGGAAGUUCAUGCUGUUUAUCUAGGGGGAAAUGUGCUUCUCAAGGGUGACUAACUAUUAUGAUCUUAACUGUUGUCUCAGUUUUGAUCCUGCGGUGACAAGCUAAGACUGGGCAACAACCAAAAUAGUGAUUACAAAGCUAUGCUCCCGCUCUGCCUACUUGAACCUCAUCUCCCCACCACUUCUAAUUCUUCAUGAAUUGCAGAAGCUAGAUAGGGAUGCUAAGGGUUAUAUAUCCAGCAAUCUUCUACUCAGGCAGCCAUGUUCUACUCAAAGUAGACCCACUGAACUUAAGUGACACUAAGUUAGCCACACCCAUUGAGUUCAGUGGGUCUGCUCUGAGUAGGAGUAACUUUGGGUACAAUUCAAAUUAUUUUGGAUCUUGUGGAAUGGAGGCCUGUACAGAGCAUUGACUGGAUCACACUCAAGUUCUUCUUGCUUUGAGGCAUGGGGCAGUUGUCCACUGGGGCUUUAACAGCUCGUAUUCACUUUUUUCAACCAAAGCAAAUACUAGGAAACAGCUGUAGUGGUAGGACACGUGUGCAUGCAUAAGGUUCCAGAUUCAAUCCCUGAUAUCUUCACCCAAAAGGUCAUGAGGUACCAAGGCUAGAAAAGACUGGAAAACCGCUGCCAAUUAAUAGAGUACUUGGUUGGAUGGACUAGCGAUCUGGCUGUCCCUGUGCAAUGAAGCCACAUAAGUUCAGUUUUAAGGUUGAUUGCGGUACAAGAAAAUGAUGAUAGUACAAUAAGGCCAUUAUUUUUUAUUGUCCUAAAAGCAAAGGAGUGAAAGUAGAUAGGAAUAUGGGCAGCAAUAUUUAUUUUAAUCUGUGUUUUCCCUAUUCACCUAUAAACUGUAUAUGCCUUUUUAUCUUUUUAUGUGAAAAAAGGGUUGAGGCAGGAGAAAGCCUGCAGGCCUUACCCUAACUAAUGUAAGUUAAGAUGUGCCUCCAGCUCCCAUGAGCUCCAGCCUGGGAUAGCUAAUCGUCAAGGAUAAUGGGAGUUGUGGGGACGUGGGUAGCGCUGUGGGUUAAACCACAGAGCCUAGGGCUUGCUGAUCAGAAGGUCAGCGGUUCGAAUCCCCGCGACGGGGUGAGCUCCCGUUGCUCGGUCCCUGCUCUUGCCAACCCAGCAGUUCGAAAGCACAUCAAAGUGCAAGUAGAUAAAUACCGUAUUUUUCGCACCAUAGGACGCACCGGCCCAUAGGACGCAUCAAGUUUUUUGGGGGGGAAAUAAAGAAAAAAAAUUUAUUUCCCCCCCAGGCGCUUGUGGGGCCGGCAGCAGGGAGAAGCGCUCUUCUCCCCGCAGUCCGCCUUCAGAUCAGGUCCGGGGACAGCUGGGAAGACGCGCUGCGUCUCCAAGCUGUCCCCGGAGGUGGGGGGCUGGCAGCGGGAGAAGCGCUCUUCUCCCUGCCGCCCGCCUUGCGAUCAGGUCCGGGGACAGCGGGAAGACGCGCUGCGUCUCCCAGCUGUCCCCGGAGCUUGGGGGCAGGCAGCGGGGAGAAGCGCUCUUCUCCCUGCUGCCCGCCUUGCGAUCAGGUCCGGGGACAGGCAGCGGGGAGAAGCGCUCUUCUCCCUGCCGCCCACCUUGACAUCAAGUCCGGGGACAGUGGGAAGACGCACUGCGUCUCCCAGCUGUCCCCGGAGCUUGGGGGCAGGCAGCGGGGAGAGCGCUCUUCUCCCUGCCGCCCGCCUUGCGAUCAGGUCCGGGGACAGGCAGCGGGAGAAGCGCUCUUCUCCCUGCCGCCCACCUUGACAUCAAGUCCGGGGACAGCGGGAAGACGCGCUGCGUCUCCCAGCUGUCCCCGGAGCGUGGGGGCAGGCAGCGGGGAGAAGCGCUCUUCUCCCUGCCGCCCGCCUUGCGAUCAGGUCCGGGGACAGGCAGCGGGGAGAAGCGCUCUUCUCCCUGCCGCCCACCUUGACAUCAAGUCCGGGGACAGCGGGAAGACGUGCUGCGUCUCCCAGCUGUCCCCGGAGCUGGGGGGGCAGGCAGCGGGAGAAGCGCUCUUCUCCCUGCCGCCCACCUUGACAUCAAGUCCGGGGACAGCGGGAAGACGCGCUGCGUCUCCCAGCUGUCCCCGGAGCUUGGGGGGCAGGCAGCGGGGAGAAGCGCUCUUCUCCCUGCCGCCCGCCUUGCGAUCAGGUCCGGGGACAGCGGGAAGACGCGCUGCGACACCCACCUUUCCCCGGAGCGAGGGGGCACGCAGCGGGGAGAACCGCUCAUCUCCCUGCCGCCCGCCUUGCGAUCAGGUCCGGGACAGCGGGGAGACGCGCUGCGUCUCCCUGCUGUCCCCGGAGCUUGUGGGGCUGGCGGCGGGGUCGCCCCGCCGACAGCCUCCAAACCACUUCGGAGACAGCGGGAUGGCGGCGUUCCGCCUCCCUCUGUCCCCCGACCUUGUGGGGCUGGUGCUGGGGCUCUCCUGAAGCCUGGAGAGCGAGAGGGGUCGGUGCGCACCGACCCCUCUCGCUCUCCAGGCUUCAGUGAAAGCCUGCAUUCGCACCAUAGGACGCACACACAUUUCCCCUUCAUUUUUGGAGGGGAAAAAGUGCGUCCUAUAGUGCGAAAAAUACGGUAGGUACCGCUCUGGCGGCAAGGUAAACGGCGUUUCCGUGCGCUGCUCUGGUUCACCAGAAGCGGCUUAGUCAUGCUGGCCACAUGACCCGGAAGCUGUACGCCAGCUCCCUCGGCCAGUAAAGCGAGAUGAGUGCCACAACCUCAGAAUCAUCCGCGACUGGACCCAAUGGUCAGGGGUCCCUUUACCUUUACCUUUAAUGGGAGUUGUAGUUCAGCAACUUCUGGAGUUCCAUAGGUUAGCCGCCCGUAGUCUAAGCCAGGCUUCCUCAACCUCGGUCCUCCAGAUGUUUUUGGCCUACAACUCCCAUGAUCCCUAGCUAGCAGGACCAGUGGUCAGGGAUGAUGGGAAUUGUAGUCUCAAAACAUCUGGAGGGCCGAGAUUAAGGAAGCCUGGUCUAAGCAGUUUUCUCUCACUUCAUGGUACUGGUCCCGACCUUGUGCCGUGUUUCAAAUGCAGCUUGAGGUCAUGGAAGAACCUGAUUUCCCCCUGUUUUGAGCUGGUGAGGAUUGUAAGCAAGAUUUUUGAAACUUGAUGAAUGCAUAUCUGCAUAUGCACCCAUGCAGAACACAUAAAAAAGAAGUGCCAAGUCUCCCUUAAGUAUGAAAUCGAGAAGCAAAAGUUGGUAUCUGUCUGGUCUAUUAAAUUUUGCUGCUCAGUUUGCUUGUAUGGAAGUGGAUUAGUGGAAGUGGAUUAGUGGAAGUGACGGAAAUUUGCCAUAAGGUAAAUGGAGUACACUGGCUCAUCCCACACUUCUAUGUAUCAGAAAAUCCACCUUGCCUUCAGGCUACUGAUGCUGAAUCAGAGCUAGAGCACCCCUAGCAGUAAUAAGUGCUGUUUGACAGAAGUCUGUGUGCUAUAAACCUAGAAAUAUGGCUGUAGAAAUAUUCAUUGCUUUUAAUUCCAGCCCCUUGCUAAUAACUUCCGAUAGGUGAUACUUCUCAAAAUGAGACUAUUUCUCCACCCUGAUCUCUUGAGGAGCUGCUUUUGUAUACUUUUUGCUCUGUUCAUUAUGUUAUUAAGGCUUAGGGUAAGUAAAUGUUUUUUUAAUAGAGGCUAGUUCCAGUAGAAGAGGAUAACAAGAUUAGAUGCUAUAUAUUACAAACCUGAAACUGUAUUUAUACAAGUUUAACAGACAUGAAUUGUCCCCAAUGACAUGAGGCUGCCAAGAAUCCUGACCUCACCUGGAUAGUACAGCUCCUAGGGUUUCCUGAUUUGGGAGAUUAGGACAAGCUGAUUUUAAGCUUGUAGCAAGAUGAGCCUGUAAAUCAUAAAAGGGAACGAUUAACCUGACCUCGGCAUCUCCUGGUUCCUGGAUUUAUCAAGUGAGGGACUGUCAGACUUGGACCUGGCUUCAAAUCCCUGCUCAACCGUGAAGCUCACUGAAUGACCUUGGGCUAGACACCAUUUUUCAGCCUAUCUACCCCAAAUUGUGAGGACAAAAUGUGGCAUGAUAUGUGCACACUUUUGAGUUCCAGAGAGGAGAGCCAUGUUAUAAAGGCUAUUUUAAAAUAAGAUUUGGUGUGGAAAUAGAAAAGCCAACCUCGCCCAAAGGACGUUUCUCUCCUUACAAAUAAGAAGUCUCCUGUUAUCUGAUACAAUCAUUGAAUCACCCAUUUUAGAAAGAUGGGUUUUCUUUCUAAUUAAGGGUUUUUUUGUUUUAUAAAAAGGCGAUGAACACUUUUUGCUGAGUCUUUAGACACCCUGCUUUUUUCAGUCUGGUGCACUCUCAGAAGUACUUUUCCACAUGAACUGAUCUCAGGAGGGCUUAAAAGGGUCAUCCAGUCUGAGAAGAACGUAUCAAUCCGGAUAGCCCUUUGUUUCUCUGAGCCAUUCAAGUGCAAGUUUUUUUUAAGAGUCUGCAUCUGACUUAGCAGAUGUAAAACAGCUGGCUUUGCUGUCAAAUGUCUGCUGUCUGUAUGAAUCGCAACUGGGCUGAGAAAAAUGAAGGGCCCAGCCAAGGCAAGACCUAUUAAAACUAGUCUAGCCAGUCUUAAAAACAAACCUCUGGACUUCCUUUAGAGUCUGGAGUUGGAUGAGACUAAAACCUAUAGGUUGGCUAUAAGCAGGGAGUAAAGCUGAAUUGCAGAAACUAGGGUUUCUGAGUAAAAAGCACAAUCUGAAAUUCUUGGUAGCAUUGCAAGAUUAAUAAAAAGAAAACAAUGUCUAUUUUUAAUGGUAGUCUGACCAAGUCUGUAAAGUUAAUUUGCAAAUUGUUCCUUUGAAUAAUUUGCAGAUAUGUAAUAGAUAUGGUUAGAAAUACUUUGAAGUGCAAAAACACUCAUUUCCAUGUUGUUCAUAAUAUUGUGGUAUUAUAAAUUUUUUGAAUAAUGUUUUAGAAAGUCAUUUGGUGGAGAAAGGAGUAUCUUUCUAGUUGUUCUCCUUUGCUUCUCCUGCAUGCUUCACUCCGUCCACCCCCCCAACCCCAACCCACAAUGCAUGCAUGAACAGGAGACUCACAUUUGAUCUCCAAAGCAUUAUUCUGUCAGGGAGGGAAACAGUGCCACAUGCAGCCUCUGCAACACAGUCCUGUGUUGUGGUGAUAGGACUGUGGGUGCAACCAUAAUAACAAGUCUUGUGUUAAAGAGUGCUGUGCUACAGGGAUCCGACAUGAGGCUAAAAUAUUUUUAAGUUUAGAAGGGGGAAUGAGAGCCAUAUGUGUUGUUCUCAGAGUAUGGUCCUUCAUGAACACAAGGCCAUACUCUGGUGGUGGGACACACUCCUGUAUUUCUCUGACAAAGGGGACUUGCCUGGUCACUGGGAGGAAAUUUUACUUGCCACUACCAGUGCUCUCGUCCAGGGGGUCACGAAGAGUCGGACAUGACUAAACGACUAAACAACAACCAGAGGUGAACUGGUAAGGACAUUAUUAUGGGAUAGUUGUGAUGUGUAGAACUUAGAAGUGGGAGAUAGCACACAUUGGCUCUUAUAUAAUGGUAAGCAUAACUGAGAACUGUGGAAUCCAAACAGGUUUCUUCUUUCAUUAAGUAAAUUCUUGAAAGAAUUCCAGGUGUCAAUAGCGACAUUAAUGCAUGUUGCUCUCCUUCCUUUUGGAUUUUCAUUGUUCUCUUUUUAAUCUGUUUCUCAUAGGAGCACAAAGGAGGCAAUAACUUCUAGGCGAAUUGCUUGUAUGUCAAGACAAAUGACGUUAAUUGCCAGAAUGAAAUUCCUCCAGCUUGUUUACAUCAUAGUUGUAAAAAGGAGGGCAGCUUUGGGGCACGUAACACUUGGGGAAGCUGGUUCCUUUUAAGGAUAUCAAAGCCAGGCACGUAACUCGUAUAACUAGUGUUUUCUUUCCUUAUAGAAGAGGAAGCGGAGAGAGAGAGAUGAUGAUGUUGUCAGUAUUUGUAGCCUCGAUCUUAAGGUAAUUAAAACAUUUUUUCGCAUGAUUGUACUGAUAAGCAAAGGUGCUGCAUUCAUUGAGGUUUCUGGUCCACUUUAUAGGCUUGUGGUGGGUUUUAUUGUUUUCCUUCUUCUGUUGACCAACCAUCCAAGGUAGUUGAGAGGAUAUUCCUGUUUCCAUUUAAUUGAUGGGAAAUGGGGACUGAGAGAUUGCAACUUUCCAAAGGCUCCACCCACCAAGUCUACUGCUAAACUGGCAUUUGAACUUCAGUUGCCCAGCUUCAGGUUCAGCACACCUACCUACUUGCCAGUGCUGACAAAUCCAACACCUGAAAGAACCCAAAAUUAUUGUCCUGAUAAUUGAGACCUCCAGACCUGGAGGGUGGUAUCUUACUCUGUCCUCAUAGUUGAAAGCGAUGGACUUAAGUCCAGUGAUUUCAUUGAGUCUGCCCUUAGUAUGCUGAGCAUUGGAUAUCACCAGAGGCUUUACUACCUGAAGAUUUUUGGUUUAUUUCCAAACCUAUCUCUGUGACCGUGAAACCUAGAAUGUUGCUACUUCGCUUUUUUAUUACAGAAUUCUAACUUUAUUGAGCAAUUACAAGAGGCAAGAAUAAGAAACUGUGCUAUAAAAAUGGUUUCCCUUCAAGAUAUACAGUGAGAUGGAAGAUUCUCAACACCUGCUUUUUUGCAUUCUUCUAGCAAAAUGUCAUAAAAGGGGGCAAUUUUUCUGAAUAAUUAUUUCUGUACCUUCCACAACUAAUAUAAUUUAUCAACAGACAUCCCACAGUGUAUCUGACUGUUCUCCCUUCAAGCUUUUCCCUAUCAGCAACCAAUUUCCCACUGCCUGACAUUGGGGAAUAAUAUUACACUAGGUUUUGCUUGGUCUAGAUGCAUAGAAAUUCAUGGACCUAACCUAGUCAUCUCCAUCAAUUUCAGUGGGUGUACUCUGAGUAAACUUAGUUGAAUACCACCCUUUCCCCCCUGUUUUUCUAGCAGGGACUGUAAAAUGCCAUCUGUUUUCCUAGGAUGGGCUUCAUUUCUCUGGGCUUUUUAAUGGCAUCCAUGCUGUAGAGACGCGGGACGCGGGUGGUGCUGUGGGUUAAACCACAGAGCCUAGGACUUGCCGAUCAGAAGGUCGGCGGUUUGAAUCCCCUCGACGGGGUGAGCUCCCGUUGCUCGGUCCCUGCACCUGCCAACCUAGCAGUUCAAAAGCACGUCAAAGUGCAAGUAGAUAAAUAGGUACCUCUCCAGUGGGAAGGUAAACAGCGUUUCCAUGCGCCUUCCAUGUGCUGCUCUGGUUUGCCAGAAGCGGCUUAGUCAUGCUGGCCACAUGACCCGGAAGCUGUAUGCCGGCUCCCUCGGCCAAUAAAGCGCCGCAACCCCAGAGUCGGUCACGACUGGACCUAAUGGUCAGGGGUCCCUUUACCUUUACCUUUACCUUUACCUAUGCUGUAGAGCAGGUGUAGCCAACAUAGUGCCCUCCAGAUGUUGUUGAACUACAACUUCCAUCAGCCCCGACCAUUAGUUCUGCUGGUGAAGCUGACGGGAGUUGUAGUACCACAUUGGCUAUUCCUGCUGCAGAAUAAAGUUUCCCUGGGAAAACCCACCAGGCUCUUCCACUGUUUUUCCAGAAGAUGAAGAGAGUAUUUUAAGACCGUGCUGCUCAAAAUUGCUUCCUUUUGUUGGUUUUGUAGUCUUAAUUCUAAUGUGUGUGACAAUAUUUAAAAAUACAUACUGGCAAUUUGAAACGUAUGCUGCAUAGCAUCCUGAGCACAAAAUUGAAAGGUAACUUAGGCGUUUUAUAAAUGAAAGAAUACCUCCCCCUGCCAAAAGCAAGAACUUAGCAAUGGUGAAAGGUUUGUAAUGGGGAAAGCUUGCAGUGCGCUGCCCCUUGAGUGUAACUGGCAUUAAGAGUAUAUGCAGUACUUUUCCUGUAUGUAGCUUUAUCUUUUCCUGAAGUAAACACUGUGAGACUGAGACAUGCUAAUUCUGAUUUAUGGGAUCCCCAAUCAUUGCCUCCUUUGUUAAUUAAUGGUUCUAUUGUUUGUUCUUUUUAUCAGCCUCAAUUUUAUUAUUUCUCAAAUGUGGAUUCACUGACCCGUGAAUGGUUGUGACUGUUUUUUUUAUCUAAGCUUCACGUGUAGGUUCCUUCAGCUCAGAACAAGUGGGUAUCAAAGCAGGCUCAGACAACACAAUUGUUGCCCUCUUCAGUGAUUGCUUCAUAUCGGAUUGCACAAAUCUCCCUGUUCAUCGGGCUCCCCAAAACCUUGGAAGAAAUGAGGCUUAGUAUCAGCUCAGUAAAUAUACAAGUAUCCAGAGAUAACCACUGAAAGAAAUACGUGCCUCUUCUCAGGUGGAUAAUAAUCUACCACUUUUACCGCCUUCACCCACUACUGCUGCUGCUGUUGUACUUAGCACUCCAGCUAAAGUGUAGACACUUCAGCUAAAACUUCUGCACUGCCUGCCCUUACACCCCCAGGCUAGGUUCAAGGUUCUUGAAUUGUUAUACAAGGCUUUGCACAACCUGAGUCCAGGAUGCAUUAAGGAUCACCUGAGUGCUUACAUCCUAGCUUGGUCACUGAGAUAGUCCUGGGGAGCACUGUUAAUUGUCCCUGUCUUUCAAAAGCCUGACUGGCUUCAGCUAGAAAUUGGCUGUUUAGUGUCAUGGGUCCCGUGCUAUAGAAUAUUCUUCAGUGGGGAUUCAGCAGGCAGCCUUGCAACUAAUUUUCAGAUGUCUCUUAAAACCCUUUUAUGCCAACGGGCCUAUUCAGUUGUUUAAACUUAUUCAAUGUGAGCCAGUCAUUUAUUAUUAGUUUGCAUUUCAUUUUUAUGAUUAUUUUGCAUUGUUUUAAUUGCAUUUUGUAUUUUAUUGCACUUACAAAUGUUGUUGUCUGCCACCCGGAUAUUUUAUAUUAGGAGGGGUGGUCUAUAACUAUUUUUGUCAAUAAAGAAAUAAAUCUCCCAGCUCUCCUCAUCAAAACAUUAUCCUCCUGUCAUUCUGAAGGCAACAAAACCUUUGCUGAAUCAGCAUAUUCUCACUGUACCUAUUUGCUAAUUGAUACUUCUCUGGCUAAGAAAUGGAGGCAGUGAGAGAUUUUACUUUCUUGGGCUCCAUGAUCACUGCAGAUGGUGACAGCAGCCACGAAAUUAAAAUACACCUGCUUCUUGGGAGAAAAGCAAUGACAAUCCUAGACAGCAUCUUAAAAAGCAGAGACAUCACCUUGCCGACAAAGGUCCGUAUAGUUAAAGCUAUGGCUUUCCCAGUAGUGAUGUAUGGAAGUGAGAACUGGACCAUAAAGAAGGCUGAUCGCCAAAGAAUUGGUGCUUUUGAAUUAUGGUGCUGGAGGAGACUCUGGAGAGUCCCAUGGACUGCAAGAAGAUCAAAUCUAUCCAUUCUGAAGGAAAUCAGCCCUGAGUGCUCACUGGAAGGACAGAUCCUGAAGCUGAGGCUCCAAUACUUUGGCACCUCGUGAGAAGAGAAGACUCCCUGGAAAAGACCCUGAUGUUGGGAAAGAUUAAGGGCACAAGGAGAAGGGGAUGACAGAGGACGAGAUGGUGGGACAGUGUUCUCGAAGCUACCAGCAUGAGUUUGACCAAACUGCGGGAGGCAGUGGAAGACAGGAGUGCCUGGUGUGCUCUGGUUCAUGGGGUCACGAAGAGUCGGACACGACUAAACAACAACAACUACUUCUCUGGCUUGUCCUGCUGCUGCUGGUCUCUGUCUUCCCACCUCUCCUGGCUUGUCCAACUGAUUCAAGGAUGGGGAACCUGAGGCCCUGCAGAUGCUGUGGAACUACAACUCAUAUCAUCCGUAAUAAUUGGUUGUGCUGGCUGGGUCUGAUGGGAGAUGAGAGUCCAACAAUAUCUAAAGGACCUCCAGGUCUCCAGCCUUGGUCUAAGUGAACCAUUUGUAUGUUCUGCAUAAGGCUUAGUGUAGUCUUAAUACCAAAAGGGUAGACAUCAGUAUUAAUUGGCUUGAUAGCAUCCAACAGAGUGUGCUUUUAAUUCAUUGAAAUGGCUUUCUGUUCUGUCGCACACAGUUAAGUGCAAUGGUACUACCAAACCAAAUAUAUAUGCUUAGUGGUUAUAAUUCAAUAUUUGUUUUGAAAAGGUGUGGCUGCCUACAUUAAGAUGGCAUUGUUUCAUUUUGACUCAUUUUAGCAAAAAUGCUGCUAUUUUCAGUAGCACGUAGCUCAUACACCCCACAGUAACUGGGUUCCAUCUCUCUUGCAGCUGGUACAAAUUAUUGUAAAGUCCUGUCUGAAUGACAUUUGUUUCUGAACAUGCACAACUGUUAACAUUCAAAGCUAACAAGGUGGAAGGUUAGAUCUUAGUUUUCAGCAGUUCAAGUUUGUCUUGCUGACGUCACUGUAGGAUUGUAAAAAUCCCUGACCUUCCUCCAGCAUUAAAGCUGACACAUUUGGAGAAAAAGAGAGAAACAAAGAGAGAGAGAAACUAUUUUUAUUAGAGCAUGAGGUUGGUGAAGGUCUGUGCCAACAAAUGUUGAUCGAUGGCAAAAUAUCUUGUCUAUUUUAAGCUGAUGACAGUAUCUUUCAAGAGUUUGCUCCCUUUGCCUUUAACGUUAAUGGGUGAAGGUUGCUUGGUGACCCAUGAUGGCCUUGUUGGUCCCACUACUUUUCCAGAAGCCUCAUCCUGGUUGGGGCCAGUAUCCAGAUAUGUUCUUCAUAAAUGCUGGUUAUUAGCUGGUGAAUGGCCAAACAGUGAAGGUCGAGAGCCUAGAAUUCAAUUAAUGAGCGGCUGUUCUGAGCGGUGAAGAGUGAGGCUGUGGAGACAGCUGCAGCACUGCAGGUGGAUUGAAGGGACAAGAAUGCAUAGCCAUUUUAGAUUCAGUUGACUUUGGAAGUUUUGAACUUCUUGUGGCAUUGUGAAUUCUUUCUCAGAUUGAUAAAGGCGGUAAAGCAUAUUUGAUGCAGACCCUGGUCUUGAAACUGUGAAAGGUUGGGGUACGUUUUUAGUGUGACACUUCACUCGACGGUUCUCUCUUUAUUACUAAAACAGAGAAAUACAGGCUAUCUGCUUCCUAAUUCUCCCCUGCUUUCAUGAGAGAACUUUCUACCGCUUGGUGAACUCCUCCUCAACUCAUGGGGAUCCCAGUCCACGCUAUUUGACAAGCUUCAGUAGUCUGCCAAAUUUGUAAGCAUAGCUGUGCUUACAGCUGUACUGUGAAAGAUAAAUUGUAUGGUUUAGAUGCUUAGCUUUCUCUUAGGAAAUGUAGUUAUGUGAAGCUGGCAGGAAUCUUUGCAAAACUGUGUACUUGAACCCAUGCACCUGUAUCUUUCCACUGCAUUCUCAUUUCACUCUACUAUACUUGCAGUAAAACUGCCUCUGAUGUGCCAUAGCUUGUCUUGCUAACGUUAUGGUGAUAGCCACCAACUUGGAUGGCUUUAAAAGAGGAUUACUCAAAUACAUGGAGGGCAAGGCUAUCAGUGACUACUACCCAUGAUGGCUCUGUUCUGCUUCCAUUGCUGGAGGCAUUGUCCCUCUAGGUGCCAGUUUCUGGGACUCCCAAAUGGGCAGGGUGCUGUUCUCUUGUCCAACUUCCUGGCUUCCCACAGACAUCUGACUGGCCAUUGUGAGAACAGGAUACUGGAUUAAAUGGGCUGUUGGCCUGAUCCAGCAAGCUUGCCUUAUCUUCUUAUUGUGCACUGUCAUAAAACUAGGCUUCCUCUGGUUUUUUGAGGGAUCUCAUGAAUUAAGUGGACUGGCACUUAUUAGCAACCCUAUGACUUGGCAUUAGAUAAAGUCUUCAUUGUGUAUACUGUGCUACAAUGCUAAGCUCUGCUAUUAUGUAAGCUGCAAACUAAUGAUUCAUGCCAGGUGAAGCCUAAGGUGUGUGUAUGUUCAGAAGGUGUGGGCCCAAUGUUUAUUAGCAACAAGAUUGCGGGGGCCUCAGUAUCCAGCACUGAGUCGAAGAGAAGUACAGUGCAGCUUGCAAAGGGCAUGAUGAAUCUAUAGUUAGUAAUCUCCAGUCUAGUCUGUGCUCUAGGUCCUCAAAAGCCUGGUAAGGAGUACUGUGAGAAUUACUUAUGUGAAAGAAAUAGGAAUUCUGUGCCAAGAAUAUAUGCAUGUUUUUGUUGUUUUUUAAAAAAGAAGUUUAGUACACUAAAUGUAGCAAACCCCUAAAAACCGGCACUUGGAAUUGAGAUCACUGUUAUAGGAAGAUACUGCCUUUUACCAUGGAAUGUCAGUUAGACAGCAAAUUAAUAACUGAUUGACAUCCUCUGUGAAUUUGUCUAAUCCUGCUUUAGAGCGACCUGAGCCAGUAGCCCUUACCAUAAACUAUCCACUGUGUGAAGCUACAUGUGCAACAGAAUGCAGGACCCUUGGCACAUGAAGGGCUGGAGCACCUUUAUUACAACAGAAAGCUAUAGCAUUAUGGCUUUUUGCGUUAGAAUCAGGGUGAGGAACUGGAUCUGCCAGUGAGCCGGAUCCCUAAUGCCCCCACCCUUUGUGGGCCUACUUUGAUAGGAUCACCUUCCUGUCAAUCACUUGAUGUCAUAAUGAUGUCAAAGUUCAGUGGGACUCACUAGAAACCCCCAACCAGCUGCUCAACUGGUGACCUACUUUGAAGGUGCACCCCCAGCUCCAAUCAGCUAAUUGGUGCUGGAAGCGAAACUUCCAAGGGGCACGCUCCAUUUGCUUGAAGCACCAUUUUAGCCAAGUGGUUUGAAUGCAAACUACUUCAAGAAAACAGAGCAAGUCCAUAUAAAAGUGAGCUCCCGGUAUCAAAAGAUCUUUCUCCGCUUCUAACAAAGUCCCCUUGGCUGCUCUAGGAGAACUCCUUAGUGCAUCUGAUCUCAGUGAGGAUUCCUGUCAGCUGAUGGGCACUGACGGGGAGCCUCACUUGUAAAAGAACAAUUGAGAGCAUCAGGCACGGGGCAUAUGGGCAUAAUUGAUGGAGAACAGUCUCACAGGCCAAAUUGGGCCUGUGCCAUACCUUAAUAGGUUUGCAUACUAGAGAGUCCCCACCACUGCUUUAGAAAAAAGGCGACAUAGGUGGAGACAUGAGAAAUGUACUAAAGUUAGACAUUGUGUGGAGAAAGCCAGUUAUGAUUUUCUCCCUCCCUUGCCCACAGUUCCAGAACUUGGGGCCAUUCAAAUUGAUGGGCUGUAGACCUAAGGAUGACAGUAUUUAUUGCAGCACAUAAUUCAUUCUGGAAUUUGCUGAUCCAAUAUGUGACUACCACAAACAUAGGCGGUUGUUUAAACCACCUGAAAGGAGUUUAGACAAAUUUAUGGGCAGCAUCUCUUAUCUAUGGCUGUUAAUCGUGAUGGCCAAACGGGACCACAGUAGAGGGGCAAUACCAUCAAGCCCUGUGCCUAAACUUUCUGCAGACCUCUGUAGAAAAUGAGGUGCUGGAGUAGGUGGACUUUUUUUGUUUAAUUGAGCUGGGCCCUUUUUUAUAUUAAGAUGACUCUAGAUUUGUCCAGAUAAAGUUAUAUUGCAUGGUAAACUAGCUUCUCGGCUGUUGCUGCUUUAUGAAACUUGCAGUAGUCAAGCAAAAUACCGGUAGCAACCAUUUUGCACGGGAGUUCCAUUCCUGACCCCUGUGUGCAUCAGUGGAGCACACAUUAAGUCCACCCCAUUCUGCCCCCACCCUUUCAGACCACUUCUAGGUUGGCAGAGACCAGAGUGUGCAUGAUUGUGCAUCAAUUGGACGAGUUUAAAAUGGUCACUGUUAGUAGUAACAUAAACCAGUCCUUGAGGAGUAAAUGAACCUUUCAUGGGGUUACAGCAGUGGUUCUCAAAGGGUGUGAUAGGAAAGGAUGGCAAGUGUGGCAGGAAGAUUCAAGGACAAUCAAAGAAACAUUUAAACAAUUCAGUGUAGUAUAAUAUAGUAUAGUAUCAAAGUAAUUUAUAUAUAUACACACACACAACCAGAAACAGUAUCCACACCUCUCUUCAAGAGCAUUGGCUAUUUAUUCUUCUACUAUUCUCCACUACAUACAGUGAAAAACAGGGAAUUGUCAUAUUUGUCAGUCAAAAAUCCCUGAUCACUGCAUAUAGCGAACAGGGAUUUUUGACUCUGACAAAUAUGAGAGAUCAUAAAAGAGAAAGGUUUCUUUGUGUCAAUGAGGAGAUGAGAGUUUGUCUCAAAUCAGAACUAAGAUAAAUAAGAUUACCCCGCAAAAAAAGCAAGCUCAUACCUCUCACUGAGUUUGUAUACAUACUUAAAGUACAUGUGUAAGAGGCUCGUUUAUAAUUAUAUUUUGGGAAUGAUUCAUGUUCUUAUGUAUCUGCAUUGUUUUAUACUGUAUGGGUGUCCCAUGAUCAUAUUAUAAAGUUGUUGUGUUCUGUGUUAUAAAUCAAGCACUGCUGGGAGUUGUUUCUUUUUGUUUUCCAAUGUAUUUCUUAUCGAUUAAAAAAAAAGGGUGUGGCCAUGAACAGAUUUUUUUUCUGAAAGUGUAGCCAAGAGGAAAAAAAGUUUUAGAACUAGUGGGUUUUAGAGUAUAUGACUUUCUUUAAAGAAUGGCCAUUACUCUUAUACCAGAUAGGUGCUGCUGUAAAAAAUAGCAUCCUUUCCUGUGUUGGGUACCACUUUCAGGGCCCACAAUUAUAGUAACCCUAGUCGGGCAUGGCAGCUCAAACUCAUGCAUUUGUCUUGGCCAGCUCUGAAAGAUAAAUUAUUAGUUGGAGAUCAGCAUUUAGGAUGAACUGCCAACUGGACCACCCAAGUCAUGAGGAGAAAAUAACUAUGAGUGUAUGGUUAGCAUAUAAGUUUAAAUAAAGAAUAUAAAGUAGAUUCAAACUUGUAGUGUGGUGGCUGCUUUUCUCCCUUCCUUUCGUGUAAAUCUUCGCUUGUUUUUACACCAGGAGCUUAUUGCAAAGCUCUUGUAUUAACACAGGCAGAAUGUGAAAGAAUAAAGAGAAGGCUUUAUUUGAUUUUCUGUGCUUUCAUCCAUCUUGAAUGUUGAUAUUUGAACAGUACUAGUGAUGGUCUAUACCGCUGAAUUUCAAUGGGGAAAUGAAUUGUAGAAAAAACACAUCUGUGCUGCUGAGCUUUUUAUUUAUAUAGUCCAUCUUAACUGCAGAGACAUCCCAUCAGCCUAAUAAAAUGCUGUGUUCCAGACUGCAUGUAUACAUUAUAGGAGCCAAGCAACCCCUUCGUCUGCUUACAAGAACACAGCUUUACAUUUUUGACAGGGACAUAAAUAUCUGUUGCUGGAAUGUUAAAAGCAGGUUAUAGCCAAGAAGUAAUGUGGUCAAGCAGGUCAUAUGGGCUGACUUCCUAUAAGUACUCAUUCGAACAAAGCUGUGUAUUUUCCCGAAGAGCUAAAGCAAGCAGUAAUUUUCUCAGUGUAUGCAUUCUGGUCAUAGCAUUUGAUAGAUGACACCUUUGAACAAGGCAGCGGCUUAAACUAGCUGUGGGCCCCCAAACCCUACUAUGAGGAAAUGUAAAUUCUUAAAAGUUCUACCUAGAAUAAGUAGAUAAUGAAUAAAAUUGCAUUUUUUAAAGGACAGAAAGCAGAAUAAAGUGGUAGGAUCAUGAAAUGUUUGACUAGGACCUGGGAGAGCCGUGUUCAAAUCCCCAUUCACCCAUGAAGCUCACUGGGUGACUUUGGGCCAGUCACCAUCUCUUAGCCUAACCUACCUCACAGGAUUGUUGUAAGAAUGAAACGGGGAGCAAGAGAACCAUGGACACUACCUUGAGAUCCUUAGAAGGUGGUAUAACUUUAAUAACAUUUAGAGUAUGGUUACCAGAUUUUUUUCAAUGAAUCCGGGGGACCCCCCCUUUUUUUUGGAAGCUGAGUAGCAACAGGGAGUCAGUGGUGGGGUUGGAGAGGCAAAAGACCCUGGGCCCAAGCACACAUGCAUAUCCCGAGCCUUCCCUGAUGAUCUGACCCCUUCCCCCUUUGUUUUGACAGAUUGGGGGAGGCCCAGGAGUCUCGGGUGGGCAGGCGUUGCCCAGGAGGGGCGCAAGGUGCGCGGUUUCUCUGCCAGGCAAGGUGCAAAGCCCUUCUUUCGCACCCUGUGAAACAUAAAUGCGCAGAGUUUUUUAAAAAUUGGGCAACGACUGGCCACAACUACUGAGCCCCCCCCCAUCAGUCAAAACAAAGGGGGAAGGGGGCAGGAGAUCUGUACCGCCAGACAUCCCUGGUUCCCCUUCAGCAGUGGCGGUGGCAGCGGCAGUCAGCAGUCCGGAGCCAGCUUGGUAGUGCAGUUGGUUCUGGCUGGCUUCAGGAGCUGCUCGCUGCUGUGGCGCCUGACAUAUGAUGUCAUGGCACACAACAUCAUAUGGGGACUUCCGGCGAGGAAAAAUGGCAGGCGCCACAGCAGUGAGCAGCUCCUGAAGCCAGCCAGAGCCAACUGCGCUACCAGGCUGGCUCCGGGCUGCCACAUUUCCUGGGGACAGAUUUGCAAAUCUGGGGACUGUCCCCAGUAACUGGGGACGUCUGGUAACCCUACUUUAGAGUCAAAUUACACAAACUACAAAAUAAUAAUUAGGAAUAAAAAAUAGUAAUUGGGGAGAACCUUCUAAAACUUGGUCACGACAUGGAUGUCUUAGUUCAGGUUUGCUGGCCAAUGCUCCCCAUGCAAUUUGGAUGCUGCUCUGCACAAACACUAUAAUGCGAAGUUGUGCAUCCACCCCUUAAGAGUUAACAUUCUUUCUGAAUUCCCAGGCAUUUGGGUCAGAGAGUGGUGAGAAGCAAAGAGAAGUUUAGCAUAUGCUGUACGCACAUAAUGCAUCCCCUCCAACGAUUCUCUGAUGAAAAUAUGGAUGUCCCAUACCUUAAUGAUACUUUUACUAUUUAUAACCCACACAUCUUACUGGGUUGCCGCAGCACUCUGGGCAGCUUCCAACAUAUAUAAAAACAUAAUAAAACAAUAAACAUUUAAAAACUUCCCUAUACAGAAUUGCCUUAGCCUGCUUGGGGGUUGGAAAACGCCAUACCCUCCAACAUUUCUUGGAUGGAAAUAGGGACAUUUGCCAACUUGCUUGUCUUCCAUUUGAUUGUUCGUCCUCUGUUUCUGAGUAAACAGGGGUCAGUGUGUGUAGUGGUUAAACUAGUGUUGGGAAAUGUAGAGUCCAAAACCUACUUAAGUGAUCUUGGGCUCCUCAGCCUAACCUACUCCAUAAGUGGGGGUGGAGAGAACAUGCAUGCCAUGCUGAACUCCUUGGGGGAAUAUUAAUUCAAAAUGUAAUAACUGCACAUUGGAACCACAGCUAGGGAGGAACAACGCAUUCCCCACCCCCACCAUCAUGCUUGCAAGAGUCUCUUAUUGCUCGUGCCUGGAGAGUGUCCUCAUGUGAUUAGUUCCAUAAUGCCUUUGCAGAGAAUCAUCACAUCCACUUACUUAUACCUGCCUGUGUGUACCUUGCAGCAUUAAAUCAUCACCUGCUGUCCCCUCCCAAGGCACUUCACAGGCUGCAAAAGAUUUUUCAGCACCUCUUAUACCUCCCAGGGGCAAAAGAUUGUGUCACAAUAGAUUAGGGCUCCUUUGUAGUUCAACUAACAUUGAUCAUGUGGUAGUUUCAUUUAAGUAUGAGCUUGGAGCAUUUGGGUAGGUGAAAGUUGGCCGGCAUUGGCAAAUCCCAGGUCAGCAAAGAUGGCAGGAACAGUUCUUCCCUAUCAAGGCCCUUGGUAACAAGAAAACACUUCACAUCCACAAAAUAUGCCCAAGCUUACAUAAUCCAUUGCCAAGCAUGUUUAAGAGGCAGAACAUCAGUUCAUUGUAUUAGGUAAUUAACACUAAUUACUUAAUGACAAGUUCCUGUGUGACUCCAUAGAGCUGCUCUUCUGCUAGUAGCUCUGUCCUUUUCUUCGCCACAUUUACAUUGCUGUGCUAGCCUUUCUGUUGGCUAGAUGUUUGUGUUGUGGAUAUCUUUGGGACUCUCUUUAGAGACUAGCUGUACAAAUCUUGUGAUGUGAUGAUCUCCUGCCCACCAGAGGAUGUUUUGGCUGACGGGAAAAUGUGAUUUCCUGAGCAUCUGAAGAACCAGUACAAUUAGAACAGCUCCUUGGUGAUGUCUACCUGGUCCGUUGAAGUGAGUUUUUAAAGUAAUAUGCUCUUUUUAAAACUAGCAAAUAGUUUGAGAUGGGGUAAGGAAAAUACAUCAUAUUUUAUAUAAUAGAAAAAGACUCCAAUACAAGGUAUUCUACUGGUUUCCUGUACAACUGGGCCUGUUAUUUGGGGCCGGGUUGGGGGGUAAGGAUCUCGCAAUAGGAGAACAGGCUCAAUUUAGACACCAUGCUAGUUUGUUAAAAAUGAACAGAUAAGAACCUUGGUUUCAUACACUCUUCGCUCCCCUUCUUUUUGAUGUGAUGGGAAGACGCCAGACUUGAACCAUAGCGUAUCAUUUCGUCUUCAUGAGGCAAGCCAUAAUUUUGUGUCAAAGUUUGACACAAACUUACAAGAGUUUAACCUCCUCCCCUCAUAUAGAAAGGAAGAAAGAAGUAUGAGAGUCUAAGGCUCAGUUGUCUCAUUCUCUCAUCCCUAUCACUAGAUUGAAGUAGAUAACUUGGAACAGGGAUUUAUGUGGGUGGGAGGGAAGCCUAGCAAAGAAGUGUAGUGAGAGUGAUGCUGGAAUGAAUGCUGGGGCAGUAAUUGUGUUUCAGAACUGGGAACCAAGUUUGAUAUGGUUCCUUUCCAAAAUUAUUGCAUUUCCAAAUCCACCUGAAACAAUUUUCCUUUGAAAACUAAAGCAACACCAGCACAUAUAGUCAAUACAAGUGCGCUGCGUCCAAAACCUAUUUGCUUAGCUUUUAUAUUGCAUGUCUUGUGAUUGUUUAGAGAAUAUACAUUACUGAGAAUAUUUGUGACUGCUCUGUGAGGUUGUUUGAUAUUAUCCCCUUCUUAUAUGUUCCUCCUAAGGGUUACCAAAGUGUGACCCUGAAGACGGGGGAAAGAACCUUAUUCUUUAGGUAAUGCCUUUUCUGAAGGAUGUUGUUGUUGUUGUUGUUGAUGAUGAUGAUUUUAAGCUUUUACCUGCUCUAAGCCAGAAUGGCACAGAUGAAAAGCUGAAAUAAAUGAAAUUGAAAUAACUCAAGAGAAUGGGUGUGUUUUCUCUCAUACAUGUUGUCAAACUUUCAUAGUAGAAGCUGAAAUUUUCAUACCUUUAAUCUAGCUUCCUGAGAGCAAGAAAAAAUCACAUGGCACACCCUCAGAGAAAAAGAAGUGUCACCUGUGAGACCCUGUGUCACUUGUGAAAGUUGUGCCAUUCAUCUGCCCCUUGAUCUCAUUGAAAUAAUUGCGAAUACGAUUGAAAUGGGUUUAUAGCCCCUAACACUUUGCAGCUAUACAAACAAUCUCAAGUUGCUCACUCCCUGUUUCAAAGCAAUGGAGUCUAAGGGGUCGGCAAAGCCGAAAAUGAAAAAGAAACUUAACUGGGUGCAAAAUUGUGCAUUGACUGCAUGCUCCUACACAAAUAAAUAACAGGAUCUGUACUGCUGGUGUGCCAAUAGGAUAGCAUGUGGUGCUGGUAUAAGUAUUUCCCACUAUUCUUUGGUUUGAAGGUGCUCCCUUGCCUCUUUUGCUGUGGUGAAGCAGGAACAGCACAAGACGACCCAGCUUAAGGCUUCGAUCCUGUGCCUAUUUAUUUAGAUGCAAGCCCUGCUUUGUGGCUCUUGCCAUCUUACUGCAGCGGACCACUGUCCUCUAGCCCAGCACUGUCUACUCUGACUGGCAGUGGCUCUCCAAAGGCUCCAGCAGAGUUCUUUCCCAUCCAUAGUAGCUGAGAUCCUUUCGGCUAAAAGGACCUCUACAUCAGGGAAGGGCCAUGGCUUAGUGGGAGAACAUCUGCGUUACAUGCAGAAGGUCCCAGGUUCAAUCCAUGGCAUCUUCCAUGGAGGCUGGGAGAGAGCCUUCUCUGAAAUGCUGGGGAGCUGCUGCCAAUGUAGAUACCAUAUUUUUUGCUCUAUAAGACUCACUUUUUCCCUCCUAAAAAGUAAGGGGAAAUGUGUGUAUGUCUUAUGGAGUGAAUGCAGGCUGCACAGCUAUCCCAGAAGCCAGAACAGCAAGAGGGAUUGCUGCUUUCACUGCGCAGCGAUCCCUCUUGCUGUUCAGGCUUCUGAGAUUCAGAAUAUUUUUUUUCUUGUUUUCCUCCUCCAAAAACUAGGUGCGUCUUGUGGUCUGGUGCGUCUUAUAGAGUGAAAAAUACGGUAAUACUGAGCUAGGUCAACUAAUGGUCUAACUCGGUAGUGGGCAGCUUGCUAUGUUCUUUCCUGUGUCCUUACAUUCUCUACAGCCCCUUCACAUACAAAUUCAGUGAAAUUUACUUCUGGGCAAGUAUGCAUAGGGGUGGGCUGCAAAUUCUAAUCAUGUUUCUGUCUAAAUAAUCCCUGAGAAAGCAAUGGUGGUUUGCUUUUCUGUGAUCGCAUCAGGUGCUCCUUAUUUUGACCAUGAUCUAAACCCUUGCUGUCCACCACCUUUUAAUUAAGCUUUAAUGUGGGUUUAUUUACACCUUGGAAGGGCUUGGCCUACAUCUUCUCAUUACUUGGGGGAAGGCCAAAACUUGAGAACCUUCAUUAAUUAAAAAGAGCCCAGCUGGAUGCUAUGGGUGUUUCCCUUGCCCCGCCCCUCUCAGUUUCACGAGAACUUCCUUCAUCCUUUUAAAAUACCUAAAUAUAGGACCAGUUCUUUGGCCCCGUUUGACACAGAUUUUAUUAGGAACUGAAUGCACUGAAGAUGGGAUUGGGGGGUAGGGGUGGGGAGAAUUACUGGAAAACAGAUGAGCUGUUAUUACAGCAAUGCUUCUGUAAUCUUGAGAUGCAAAAUGAGUAAAACAAUACGUUCUUCAGCAGCCUUCCCCAGCCUGUGCCUUCUGGCUGUUUUUCUGUGCUGUCUGGAGUUGAUGUACUCCAAAACAUCUGGAGGUACCAGGUUGGAGGAGCCUGUUCUAGAUCGUAGAGAGGAGGCGGAGGAGGAAGUUAGCAUGUCUCAUUAAACAGAAUGAAGAGUUCUGCUUAAUUCAAAAGCAGAAGUAGUGCAAGAGUCACAGAGCAGUUCCAUGUAAGUGGUGUCCACCUGAAGGUUCAGGAAGUACAGUGGUACCUCGGCUUACAUACGCUUCAGGUUACAUACACUUCAGGUUACAUACACUUCAGGUUACAGACUCCGCUAACCCAGAAAUAGUGCUUCAGGUUAAGAACUUUGCUUCAGGAUAAGAACAGAAAUUGUGCUCUGGCGGUGCGGCGGCAGCAGGAGGCCCCAUUAGCUAAAGUGGUGCUUCAGGUUAAGAACAGUUUCAGGUUAAGAACGGACCUCCGGAACAAAUUAAGUACUUAACCCGAGGUACCACUGUAUCCCCUAAGUGUAGAAACAAUAUUCUCCCCUCUGAUGGACCCAUGCUUGCCCCAGGGAGCCACUAAGAUAAGUUCCUUCAGUCCAGGAUCAAUCUAACUUCACAAGCCAUGUGAAAUAUUUCAGGUACCACCAUGGGCGUAGCCAAGAGGGUUCAGGGGGGCAGCUGCCCCUCCCAAAUCAAGUAAAUCAAUAAAAACCCUUAACUGAGGUUCUGCCCAACAUAAAUCCUUGCUAAGCCCAUGUGUAUCACUGAAACAGCUGCUUCAUCUGAACUUUGCCCCCCUGCCUUGGGUUCCCUUUUAAUGUUGCAGAGGGUGCUGAGGACCAGCCAUGGGUCACUCAGCCCUAAACAAUCUGAAAGGUGCACAUUGCCACACUCCUUAAAGCAAGCAAAAUGUUUGGAGUUGACUCUUAUUUUCAAGUAAUGGAGCAAUGUGGGGGAAAGUGCUUGAAAUGUGGGCAUCUGCACAGAAUGGCUGUAAUGUUUAGCACAUAUCCACAAUAACUGAAUUUAUUUCCUGCCUUGGACCAUCCUGAGGUUUGGAUUUUUGUAGGGGUUUUUUUUAAUCCCUACAGCAGGCACAGUUGUUUACAGCAGAAAAUAAAACAGAGGAUGUUAACAUAUCCAGUUUGCUGGCUGGCUGGGGCUGCUUUGAGAACAAAGAAGGUGGAAUGCAGGAUAUAUUAAUCAGGGGUUCCAGUUUCAUUAAGAAAAACUGUAGCACAUAGCUGCUUUGCCGCAAGAGAAAAUGUCACAACAUCUUAGUUGGUUUUGCCCUCUUUCUUAUUCCAUGUGGGUUUUGCAAAUCUUGAAUAUUUGAACACCUAAGGAAGCUGUCUAAUCUAAAACAAAUAAUUAUUAUCUAGUUUUGAGAGAAAAGCUGAAGGUUCUAGCAGCAGAGGAUAAUGUCCAUACAAGAAAAACCAUGUUGCAAGGCUGCAGUCUAAUACACACACGUGUGAAUAAAUCCCAUAGAACUCAGUGGGAUUUCCCCCUUGAAUAAUCAUGCACAGGUGUGAGCUACAGGUUGGUUGAAUAUUGUGAGCCUUGAGCAUCUUUACUAGGCUACAAAUCCUGUUGAGAUGUGAAGGGGGUUGCUUCACGUCUUUCGUUUUAAGACCUGGGUGCAUAAUUGCUCUGGCACUGUAGAAAUGGGCCAAGGCAUGAGAUUGGGGUCAAAAUCUGUUUAAUCCAACAAACUGAGGAUUGGGAUAUGAUACUACUGUACAGUAUAUGUAUUAUGCUAAGGAAAGCUUUGCCUACUGCCCUUCACCUCAUGGGCAGUAAAACCAAAGCCUCUGGUGCCUUUGAAAUCUGGGCACUCAGGAGUCCUCAAGUUCAAUUGCCUGGUGUCAGGUGAUCAAUGCACGUGUGGCUCCACAAGGUUCAGAUCUGAUAAAGGUGUAGACACACACAGUUUGAAAUCCUUGAACCACUUUCUCAGGAGUAAGCUCCGUUAAGUCACUAGAGUUGUGCUAUUUAACUCAAUUUUAGCCAUCGCAUCUGUACCUCGCCUUCCUCUAAGGUGGUUGGAGCAUCACCACCCACAUGAUUCCCCCCAGUCAGUCCCCCUGUUUAAUUCUCAUAACAGCCCUGUUAGGUUAAGUUGGGCAAUUGGCCGCAGAUCACAUAAUGAACCUUGCGACUUUAGCAGGGAUUUGAACCCAUGCCUUCUUGCUUGUCAAAGUCUAGCAACAUCACACUGGCUCAUAGACAUAUUUAGGGGCUGCUACAUGCAAAGGAUAAGGGAUGCAGGUGGUGCUGUGGGUUAAACCACAGAGCCUAGGACUUGCCGAUCAGAAGGUCGGCGGUUCGAAUCCCCGCGACGGGGUGAGCUCCCGUUGCUCGGUCCCUGCUCCUGCCAACCUAGCAGUUCGAAAGCACGUCAAAGUGCAAGUAGAUCAAUAGGUACCGCUCCGGCGGGAAGGUAAAUGGCGUUUCCAUGCGCUGCUCUGGUUUGCCAGAAGCGGCUUAGUCCUGCUGGCCACGUGACCCGGAAGCUGUACGCCGGCUCCCUCGGCCAAUAAAGCGAGAUGAGCGCCGCAACCCCAGAGUCAGCCACGACUGGACCUAAUGGUCAGGGGUCCCUUUACCUUUAGCUUUUACAUGCAAAGGAAGGCGGGGCUUGUCUCAAGGGUCAGGGUGGGGCAGAAGAGGCGAUUGGUGCAGAUGCAGCUGCCCUGGCCCACCCCCCCAGGAGUGAGGAAAAAACCAAUCACCUGCUAAAAUUCCCACUUGGCCGUCACUAUUAAAGAUACAGGAAGAAGCCUUGUUGUCUUUAGCAUCUGAUUAUCUUUCAGCCCAGCCCUAUACACCAGGGGUGGGCCACCUCAGACCUGGGAAACAAAUGUGGCCUCUUUGCCUGGUCCUUAAAACUCUCCCCAGGCCACGUCCCUCUUUUCCCAGGCUAGGAUGCCUCCUGAACUCCGAUAAUGCCUCUCGCCUGCCUGGGUAAACGACAGAGAGGGGUGUGUGCAGAAAUCAGUCGCCUGGACAAAGGUAAAAUUUACAUUAGUUGCCUUGCCUACUUUUGCUUCUAGUCCCACCCACCAUUGGCAUAUGCCACACACCCCUAGUUUGCCCCCAAAGGAAUGCAAACCUUGGUCUCAGCAAGGUUCCUCACUCCUGUUAUACUACUCAGAAGCAGAUUUGACCUGGAGUUGUUCCCCAGUAAGUGUUCCCAAAACUGCAGCCUCAAAUUCCCCCUAAGCUGCACAAGUGCUGUGCUUGAACUUCAGUUGCUUUGAAAUUAGCACUACUACUAGCGGAGCUUGUUGCUGCACUCUUAAAAAUACUUGCACAUACAGUAAAUUAAAGCUCAUUUUUAUAGAGACGCUCUGGAUUUCUAGCGAGUCCCCCCAAACAGUUCCGAUAAAGCUGCAUCAAACGUGCCACGCAGGGAAAAUAGGAAUAACCCAGGUGUGAAGGAUGCAAAAGCGUUGUGUUAAAAGCAGGCAUUUUAGCAGGUGUCACUUGUCGCGCAGAGGUGAGAAACCUGACGCCUCCACAAAUUCCUCUUGCAAAGAGCGAUUUGCGUAGCAAGUUCCGCCUCCCGCAAAGUGCCACGACUCUUGUUUACUUACUUGCGAAGUCUCAUUGUUUAAGCAAUAAAUCUUUGACCUGAGCCUAUGCUUGUUUGCUCAGAAGCAAAUCCCACAGCCACCGUAGGGUUUACUUCCAGAUACAUGCAUCCUUUUGCUGCUGUGUAACUUGACUUUUGCUGGGGGGGUCAGCGUGGUUUACUUUGAAGUAAACGUGUAUCGGAUUGCCGUCGUGCAACCCAACCGUAUGCAUGUUAACUCGGAAAUUAACCCUCAAGUAUGUGUGCAGUACACCCUGUGAAACCUACUUUGGGAGUAAAGUGCGACGGAUCUUGGCGGAACUUACUUCUGCGAAAGCAUGCACUGGAUCGGGUUACUCGGUCGCGAUCUCGUGCGUUUAUUUUGCUGGUUAGGUUGCAAACCUAAUUCCGUUUUCCUGGAAGUGAGCCGCACUGGAUUCAAUAACUUAGGAGUAGACACGGUUAGGCUCGCAGCCUUUGUUUUUGCGAUUCACAAGUUAAGCCCGUUUACUUUCAAGUAAGCGCUCCUCGGUAAAACAUGCAUGGGGUUUGCAAGCUUAUUCCUCGGGAUCGCGUCGACCAAUUUUAGCGGUUUUGCAAAGGCUUCUGAUCUCAGCAUUUAGAGUUUAGUUUCUUCCUGCGUUUCCAGGGUGCGCGGGUGUUAAUACUGACAGUUUGUUGCAAGUUAGGAGAACACGCUAGCCUCCCCUUGGCGUCCUCCUGUGCAAGGCAAACGUCGGGAGGGCUGUACACGCAGAGCCAGUCUCCCUCGGUGCUGCGACGGUUCAGGAUGCCUCCUACAGGGGGCUCCAGCCCAGUGGUCCAGCGCCGGUUCUCCCCUGCCGUGGGGAACCUGAGACGGCUGGGCGUGUCACUUAGCCGCGGGCUAGCCAAUGGCUCCCGGGCGCCAGGAAGCCCCGCCCACCAGCCCGCUCUUACGCCCCGCCCACUGGCUCUUGGACUGCUCUCCUCGGAGCCGCUGGCUCAGAGCGCGUCUGCGUGAGUCACCUGGAAGCGGGAUGGAGCUGUUGCUGCAGCCCCAGCAGAGCUCAGAGCGCGGCGAGGGGCAGAUCGUGCCCGAGUAACCGCCUCGCUCGCAGCAUCAGGGGGUGGGGAGGGCGGAUUACAGUCAGCACAAACCACGAGGAAGCCUUGGAAAAGAAGAGGGGCUAUGGUGGCGCACGAUGACGCCGGGGGGCUGCUCCCCAUUAAGAGGACUAUUCGGGUGAUAGAUGCGCAGAACCAGUCUUUCAGGGAACAAGAGGUAAGGCGUGCGUAAAAAGCCUUAAGCAAUCGGAAGAACGAUAAAGGGUUUUCUUAAGUGGCACGGUUCUGCAUAGUUGCCCAAAGCGUUGCCCAAAGUCCGCUCUUUUCAACAGAAGGAGGUUUGCUUCAGAGUAAGCCUUCAAGGGAUUACGCUGCGCGUGUAAGAGGUGGAAGCGUUGAUUUGUUUGGCACCUUGCUCCUAAACCUGCCUGUUUAAAAAUGACUGAAAUGAAGUCACCUGUAGCAGGCAAACGUGGAAGUCCUGUAGAAAUGCCGUCAGCUUGCUGGGAGAGGUGCAAAAGAGAGUGAAAACCGUCGGAGUGUCUGGGUUGCUCUCCGUAGGCUAAGGUGUGAGUCAGUGAGUAGAGAGUAGUACUAUUUGUACUUUUGUGUCUUGCAUACUUUAUUUGAAGCUGCUAGCUAAGCAUGACUUAACAGCCCUUUCAGGAAAAGCUUCUCUUACAGCUGGGCGCUGUUAAGGAAAGGUGUAAUUGCGGCAGGCAGUUCUGAACUCCUUAAUUAGGGUGCCAAGUGUGUGUCUCAUGCCUUUCCUGUUAAAAGGAAGCUGCUGGGGUGUGUUGAAACCCUUUGGGUAUUUGUUGAGGUCUAGGCAUUGACCCUGCUUUAUUUAUUAAGAGGGAGGGACUGCUUAUAGCAAUGAUGUCGAGGAGCCAGGAAGGUAUAGUCCUAAAAUAUUAUGCAUGUUAUCUAAAGUUGCAUGCUGACAAAGGCAUGAACCAUGGAAGGAGAAGAAGGGAAGUCUUUGCAUAUUCUAAAGUUUGUAAAAAGUUUGUUUUGAAAUGUAAAAUUGGAAACUUAAGAAAAAUGGUUACAAAAAAGAGAAAUAAGCUCCCCCCCCCCAUCCGUUUACCAUUUAAGGAACCUGAAGCAACUGAGCCAUUUGUCAGUGGAAUUUGGUUGCUCAUUCUCUCCUCUCCCCCUAACCUUCUGAGUUUAGCAUGGCUUGUUCCUCUUUUACAUUAAUUCUGCCCACCUCCCAAUCUUGUGAUGUUGUGUGUAUGUAUCCUGCAAUGGAGUAAGCGGACACAAAUGAGUUACAGUAUUUCAUUGACUGCCAGUAGGGUUACUUGUCUGGGUAUGCGUUUUCAAGGGAUCAAGCUCCACUGUGGGUGCUUAGUUGUACACUUUAAUGGCAUUUCCCUUACUGUUGAGUAAAUUGGUCUCCAAGACAUUCCUACAGGAUUAUUGCUUGUAUGGACGGUGAUAUGAGGCAUAACGAAAGUACUUUAAUCCUGCUGAAAUGCAUACCUCAAGGUGUCUUCUGGUGGGAUGGUGGGAAUUAUGAGAACUCAAAAGUCAAGACUGCUAUAAGUGAUGCCUUGUGACAUAUGACAUCCUGUCCGGAAGCAUUGUUGGUUUCUUUAUGAUUCAACAGUUCGGCUUUAAUAAGGCAGAACUUGGAAGUUGAGUCUAAACAUUCUGGUGCGACACACGCAAGGAUUUUUGGCAGCUGUGGAGGUGAAAUAUACCAACUGAAAGCAAACUUCAGGAUAUUUCUCAGUAAGCUUGCCUUUAUUUGUCUGUCUGGAUGUUCCAUGUACAGGAGACUUUAUUAAUUUAGGAGGACAGGGCAAAAAACCGUUUUUAUGUUAUCUGCCAACCUGAAGGUUCAGUACUGUGAGUCCUGACAGGUUAUAUAGGUCUUGAACGCAGCUUGGAUGUACUGCCUGAGAUUGCCGAAUUGAAGACAACAGGGUGUGUCUCUUUGCCAUUUGUUAACCUGUCUUAAUUUGGGAUAUUGCCAUAACUUUCCUAAAGUGGAUAUUAAUAGAUGUAGUGAGCUGCUUCUCUUCUUGCCGAGCAGAUAAUGCCAUUAGAAAUGUACACACAAGCGCUUAGGAUUAACAUCUUGACUUGAUGAAAGAGACUCCAUAAAUUAGAUGUGAUGUUUUGAGGAGUGGAGGUUAAGUCAGAUUCUUUAUUGAUUCACCAGUAUGUUUAUAGGGUUUAUGUCUAAGUCAUAAAUUUGUGACAGAGAAGAGUUUUUGCUUCCAGAGAAACCUUGUAGUUUCUCUAUUGGGUUCAGAGAUGAACAGCUUCAUAGUCCUAAAUCCUUUGUUACCCUGGAUAUGGCAAAAUGGUGGAGAGAAACGACUGUCACAUGAGCACCUUUGGAUGAGUGCUGAGGAACCACGUAAGUGGUCUAUUCCAAUGGAUAUCUAACUACAAACAGAAGCAUAUUGUGGGAUCAGACUUUAGUCUUAGAAGUGAAUUUCCAGAUGUGGCUAUCAAGUGUCGGCUUCUUCUUCCAGGCAGCUGGUGUAAAACCUGUGCCCCUGAGCUCUUCAGCUCACAUCUCAUUUGGCAUUAACUGAAAGCCUAUGUUUCCCAGGUGUUCUCAGCAUUUGGACUUGCUUGCCUGAGAGGCAUUCAGGUUCAGUUCAAAGGUUUCAUCUGAACGUGACUGAUUUGUUUUCUGAAGCAAAAGAAGCCUCUGGAAGAAUAUUUUAUAUUCUCUUCUUUGCUUGCUUCUGUGCUGAAGUGUGAAGGCUAUUUUCUACACAAGAGCAGGCAAGGAUGUCAGAUAAUGCUCUUUAAAAUUCACAACUUGAAAAACUGGUUCAGUCAUGCUCUCCAUUGCUGCAACUCCGAAACUCAAAGCUUGCCUCCCGAUCUCCCAUCAGGAACAAUGAACAAAUUGCUCAAAAGACAAUUUUAAAAUACUUGGUGAACUAUUUCGGUGUGAGAACAGUGAACUCAAAACGUAUGCAGUCUGCCUGUUCACAGAGGUUUCCAGAAGAGCAAUAAUUGUCUAAAAGGGGUGUUGUUCCUUUUUUAAGGCUAAAGAAAAUUAGAAGAGGGGGGAAGCUCCUCUCCCCCCAAUCUGAAGAAAACCAGUUUUGUUUCUGCCCAGUGUCUGUCUGAUUUGGAAUGAAAUUGCCAAGAUGUUGAGUGGUUGAGUGGGAGUGUGUGUGUGGAAUCCUUUGUGCUCUGUAAAAAAGGGAAAUUUUUUUUGCCAGCCUUGCCACAUUUUUGUGCUUCACAUUGGCAGUGCUGUGCCAUACAGGCAUCUAUGAAAGCUUAAUGUACACACCAACAGCAUGGUGCUGUGAUACAUGCCUGCAACAGGCCCUUGAGAAAAGGAGCUCCCCUGCCAGUUCUCAGUUUUUCCUCUGCAGAGCUCUAGCUUCUGUGUUCUCCUCUUCUACCUUAUUUUACAGUGCUGAAUUCAGCAUAUACCCAUGUAAACCUUUUCCUUACUCUCCACUUGAAAUAUCAUGUUGCAACACAGCUGUGGAAUGCAUUGUAGUGCCUAAAGAAUGUAGAAGCCACCGUGAAAAACUCAUUCUUCUUGGUUUUUUUAUCAUCACUUUUUGCUUAUUUUUUAAAAGAAUCAAUGUCUAGUCUACCUUUUUAGGCUCACAAACUAAAGCACCCACCGUAAUACAUUCCACAUUGAGCAAAUGUGGGGGAAUAUGUCCUCUUUUUUAGUGCAAACUUAAGUUCGCUUCAUCCACCUAAGUCAUUAAUAUAGUGCUUUUUUAUUUACAGAGGGCUUUUAUAUUGGCAGUACCCCUUUCAGAUAGUUGCUGCACACAACAUUUACAUGAGGAAGAGUGACUUGCCCAAGGCUAUACAGUGAGGCAAAUGGGGCACUCCCAGACCCAACCCCAACCUGCUGUUCUCUGGGCUAGACACGGUGGGAGGAGCUGGUCUUUAGGCUGUAGCUGAAAUCUUGCAUCUUGAGCAAAGUAAACAGGUUAGAUUCACUGGUGAGUCUCUUGGCUCCCAAGCCUCUGUUCAACAUAUGUGAACUGGAAAUAACAGCACCCUGCUUCACAGCUUUAACCGCAAGAACAAAUAAAACAGGAAGCAUGGUUAUCUGUCAUGAGUUUUGGUGACCUAGCAGGUCUGUAUGAAAGGAGUUCUGCAUAUACCCAUGGACAUUAAAAUGGCAUACUUUUAUUUAUUUCUUUUUUGUGUGCAUUGCUUCCUAUGAAACAACUCAAAGCGAUUUAACAAUAAAACCUAUAUAAAACAAUUUCAUAUACUGUAGAUUUGUGUGUGUGUUCAUUCCCCCCCUCCCCCAGUGAGAUACAUUAUGAAACUGCAAGCAAGCAAUGAUGGGACUUUCCUCUGUCAGAAGGGCUGUCGAUGUGCAUGUUCCUUGCUUCACCUUUAAAGUGGAUCCUGCACUCUGCCAACCCCCCCCCCCCCGUGGAAUUCAUGACAUCAUUCCUCCGUGUUCAUUGGUAUCUUAAUGGGAGAGCAAAGCAUUGUUGCUUGCUGGGGCUGUACUUUACUGACUCCAGCAGAGCUAUUUCUGAAUCGUCACUCCUGGACAUGACAGUAAAGCCCGACCGACUCAGUCCUUCUCCUUUUUUAGUCCUACCACUUCCUCUGUGCAGCAUGUGUAAUCUCCCAACCCCAACAACCAUUACUAUCUGUGCACCUAAGAAUGAAGUUGGUCCCACUUUUAAUCCCCAUGGCAAUAGCUUCCACCUUUCUGGUUUCUCUAGGGAGAAAUCUCCUGGAUUGAAAACAUCAAACGAACUUGACCCUUUUCUAGUGUGAAGUAGAGCCGGCUGACAACACAGUCUUGUGACGGGGUUGCCUUCUGCUCUAGCUUCUUGUAAAAUUACGGCAUCCUGUCAAUUCCCCAUCGAAAAUGAAAGUUUAGAAGGCCACUGCGAUUGUGGGUGCUGUACCAAAACUGACAAAGCAACAGGAUCCUGCCCAAGGGCUUGAAAUCAAUUGGGGAAGGGAAGCUGGGCUGGAAUUGAUAGCCUAAAUCAAAAGUACUGGGAGGGAAGUUUGAUGAGAUCACGAUUGUAUUUCCAAGGGAGGGGAAAUCCCUGUCUUGCAACUUCAAAGUGCAGAUGCUGUUUUGGGACAGACUUUGACAAUACCUUAAGACAUUAUCUCUUGAAAGUCAGCCCUAGCAAUGACACAGACCUCAGCUAUGCAGCCCUAAGGUAUUUCAGCAGCCUAUUUCUCUUUAGUUCAGGCCUUUGAACAUCUCUCUCUCUCUCUCUCUGCACAGUUGUGCCUUGUUCUUGCUUUGGGAAUCUGAGUGUCUUUCUGAGAGAGGCAUAGGAAUGCAAGGAUGUAUCCCUGCUCUCUGCCUCCAGCACAUUGCCUGGCAGUGGUAGCAACACAUCUGUAGUGAUACACAGGAGGUGGCUGCCAGUGACACACAAACCUAUGUGUGAGCAAGCUGCUAGCAAACUGGAGUCAUCUUCCAGGGCAGAGACACUCUUCCUUCUUCCACACCUCUCAUUAGAUAGCUGGUCUCUUCCUUUAUUUAUUCAUGUACUUUGCUGUGGUGGCCUGUCUUACUAAGACACUUCAAACUGUCAUGCUAAAUUUUGUUUUAACACCCAGCAUAGAUUUAGGGGCAGAGUCAGAAAAAAAACCUCACACCUCAUUCUCCCUGGGGGACAGGCAAAAAAAAAAGUUGGCCCUGAAAACAACUUUGUUCAAGCUAUAGUGGACUUUGUUAUUCUUGCUUCUUGCUAACCUGAGCAAUUGGUUUGUACUAUGGUUAUGACUUUAGUGUUUAAACAAAAUAUAUUUGUCUUUUGAUGGGGCUUGUGUGCUUUGGGAUUGGGUGCCUUGAUGCUCUGUGCAGUCCUUAUCCCCUUCCUCCAAGAGAGUCUGGACACUGUCAGCGCACUAAGUCUUGAUUAAACAGUCAGUACAACUUGUUCUCUCAUCUAUUUGCAGGAGCCUAGCAAUAAGCGCGUCCGACCUCUGGCUCGGGUCACCUCCUUGGCAAACCUGAUUUCUCCUGUGAGAAAUGGUGCAGUGCGAAGAUUUGGACAGACAAUACAGGUAAGAGAGUAGAUAAGCAUGUGGGGCUGAUAUUGCAGUUGUUGGGAGGGGGGCGACUAUGGAGUAAGUAUUACCCACAGUUCUGCUGAAGAAAGGAUUUCUACAGCCUUCAGAACCGAGCCUCAUAUUCCUCUUUUUACUUUUUAAAAUGAGCAAGUUUAUAGUCCUCAUGGGUCCAGAGGGGGGAAAUUGAAGUGGAUGUUUGAGGGCAUGGAUGGCUUCUUUGUCUUCCUUCUCUUCUCCAGUCUCCAAGCACCUCUAGUGAAGCCGUAGGGUGAGGGGGACAUAGAAACUUGCUCAGUUCUUACAGUUGCAGAACUUGGAUUUAGAAUUUUUCCUCCCGACAAAUAUUUUAAUUCAGUUUUUCCACAUACCAACUGGCAUUUUGUGUCCUAACUGCCUUGUAGUCCACAUCUCUGCACAAACCUAUAAGCAAGUCAUUGGGACAAAUGAAAUUUGCAUGCUUUUGGAUGCAGAAUUCUUUUCCCCCGGUUACUUUUGCAGAUAAGGUAAAUGUGUAGAGAUGGCCCAGUCAAGACCUUGGUGCAGUUUUAUCAGGAGCAGCCUAUAAACUGAGGCCAGUGUGCAGGGGGGGGCAUUAGAUUGCCUCCUGUGCCAACACUUGAUGGCUGCAUGUGACAUACUGCAGCAUGUGCUGCAGUCUGAGUUUACCCGGCUGUUCAUAAUAGAAACGUGACCUCAGCAAAGCCUGCCAUGUAAGAUAUACCAUCCACCCCAACUGUGUAAAUACUCCUUGCUCUGGAUGCUAGUGCUCUUUCAAGCCACAAAGAACACAGCUCACAUGGCUUGUUAAUGUUACCAGAGCUGGGAGAGGUAGAAUUACACUAUUUAUGUACUUGAAACCAGAUUCUCAGCCAGCUUAACCCCAACCCUCUCCAGCUAUCCAAAAUCUGGAGUAUGGGAAGGGGAGGGUUAAGCAAAAGAGGGCAUUGGCAAAUUAGAUCUCUCAAGGCUCUGUGGUGCCAGGAUUAGCUACACACACACCCUGGCUGCUGAAGCCAUUAAGGGUGAAGUUUCUUAAGGCAGGCCUGCACAAUUUGGAAUCCACCUCCAGGGCAUGGCGUUCUGCUAGGUACUUGACAACUCACCUAUCUGUCACUUCCCUAGCGUGCAGCAAAGCCAGGAGACGUUGCAUCACAGUGGGCUGCCUUUGGCUCGCACAAGUGGGUUUGUGACAGGUUAUGUGGGCUUGAUCUUAAGGAUUUUUCCACAGGCAUUCUUCAAGAGGCUGUUGCAUUGACCAGGACGUCGUUGUGUUGUUGUGUUUGUGCUUAUGCACACAUUUUGCUGGGCUGUGCAACAUCCCUGGUUGGCAUGAAAUGCCUCGUGGCUGUUUUUCUGUACAGCGUCUGUUAAAAUACACCUAAGUUCCUAAGGUUCAUGACUGAAUUCAAACCAUCUCCUUCCCCCUUCCUGGUGUCCUACAGUCGUUCUCUCUUCGCGGCGAGAGCAAAUCUCCAGGCAGCGCGCAGAAACUGUGCAGCCGGUCAGCUGCCCCCACGCCACCGAAAAGAAGAAACAGUGUGCUUUGGUCCGAGACGUUGGAUGUCAACAUGAAAGAGACGCUGAGCACCAAAGAAAUCAAGCGCCAAGAGGUAUGCCUCCAGUGGGGCAACCCCAACAGCCAGCCCCAGAUGGAUGGGGCUGUUAGAAUUCAGCACAGAAUUGGGAUUUCUGAGCAUCUUGGCUGCUGUUUGAGAGGGAAAAGAGCAAUAUGUUUAUAGUCCUCGUGGUCUCCGGAGGCAUGUUAAGAUGACCUGUCGGCAGUGUAAAGAGAAGCACCCAGUGUUCAGGAGGCAGCAAUCAUGUUUCCAGCUCCCCAUUUAUGACAGCUAACCUCCUGCCACCACCAUAUCCCCAGAUCUGCAGAAGGCAUUACUUUGCUGCCUGGAAUAAGGCAAAGGAACUGGGCAAGUAGAUACAUGAGAAGAAGAUUGCAUAAAUAGUGUGCUCUCUGGUUUUGCAUUUCUAUGAUGCAGCUUGGUGGUAGUGGGGGAGAGGGAGGAGGCCUCAGUUGUUCAGUGUGUAGAAGAUAGUGGCAGAAGAGUUUUGAAGAACUGCUCUCUUCUCCAAAAUGAAGGUGCUUCUGUCCCACCACAUUCCUUAAAAAACAGAUUAAAUUCCCCCUCCGAAUCUUGACUGAUAAUAUAUUCCCCCUGGCCGAGGCCCCAACAUGGGAGACAAUAUACUUCGUAUUGGGCAUAAAAAAAUGAUUAAUUCUCAAACGCCAUCUUUAUGACUCAUGCUAGCUGGUGAUCCAGACCAAAGUUACGCAUUAAUACAAAUGACUGAAGCAGCAAACGAGAAAAAGAGGGCCAAAGUUCAACCCUCUGGGUGAGUUCAGCACUUCACACUGAAGUCUAACGCGUCCCAGUGUUUGAUUUGGCAUGAUCUCGCAGCUUCAAAGCCUCCUUUCACGACAAGGAGUUUACUUUUCUCAGCAAUGAUUCAAGCCAUUCCCUUCCGUUUUGGCCCUUAAGCCCAGGUGGGCGGUUGCAGCUCAACGGUUGAGCUUCCCCCCUUUUGGGCUGCAGAGCGGCUGGCUUCUUGAUCAAAACGGUUUGGGCUAUACCGGUGGGGCUUGAUUGGCUGUUGCUUUGCUGCUGCUUCAACAUAAGUGGCUAGUGGAAUAGUCUGUGGUCAGCAAAACCUCCAAAACCCGGAAGUGGUACAUUUUUUUACUUCAGCAGCUGUUAUUUCUAGGGCAAUAAAAUGGAGACAGUUCUGAUAUUUCCCCCACUUUUUGUUCGCAGGCGAUCUACGAAAUGUCUCGGGGUGAGCAGGAUUUGAUUGAGGACCUGAAGCUUGCCAGAAAGGUUAGUAUCUUUCUCUGCUUCCUUUUAUAUUGAUGACACUGCAAAUCAAUAUACCGUAUUUUUCGCUCUAUAAGACGCACCAGACCACGAGACGCACCUUGUUUUUGGAGGAGGAAAACAAAAAAAAUAUAUAUUCUGAAUCUCAGAAGCCAGAACAGCAAGAGGGAUCGCUGCGCAGCGAAAGCAGCGAUCCCUCUUGCUGUUCUGGCUUCUGGGAUAGCUGCGCAGCCUGCAUUCGCUCCAUAAGACGCACACACAUUUCCCAUUACAUUUUAGGAGGGAAAAAGUGAGUCUUAUAGAGCAAAAAAUAUGGUAUUUGUUAGCUUUUCACCCCCCACUCCAAACUGCAGCUGCACUGUAAUGCCCUGUCAAGCUGUUUUUUAUUUUUAUUUUUUGUAAUUUCCCAUCCUUCCUUGUUGACAGGCUUACCAUGACCCCAUGCUGAAGCUGUCCAUCAUGUCUGAAGAAGAGCUCACUCACAUCUUUGGGGACUUGGAUUCCUAUAUCCCUUUGCAUGAAGGUGAGCUUCUCCACCCCAGCCUCCCAAAAACCAAACCUCCAGCACUCAUGAAUUCAUGUAAAUGUGCCACAUUCUCUGCCCGUCACAUCAAAGUACAGUGGUGCCCCGCAAGACGAAUGCCUCGCAAGACGGAAAACCCGCUAGACGAAAGGGUUUUCCGUUUUUGAGUUGCUUCGCAGGACGAAUUUCCCUAUGGGCUUGCUUCGCAAGACGAAAAUGUCUUGCGAGUCUAGAGAUUUUUUUUUCGCUUUCCCCCCCCCUUUAUCUAAUCUGCUAAGCCUUUAAUAGCCUUUAAUAGCCUUUUAGCAGCUAAUCCCCUAAGCCUUUAAGCCUAUAAUAGCCGCUAAACCGCUAAUAGCGCUAAUCCGUUAAGCCGCUAAUAGGGUUGCUUCGCAAGACGAAAAAACCGCUAGACGAAGACUCUCGCGGAACGGAUUAAUUUCGUCUUGCGAGGCACCACUGUAGCUCAAAAAACCGGCCUAUAAAAUGUUAAAACCAUAAUGCAUCUGCCACAAAAUACUCACAUAAAAUUCCAUGUGCAGACAGCACAGGGCUGCCUAUGGCAAAAGCUUUCUGAAAGCUUCAGGUUUUUAAAAGGUAAAGGUAAAGGGACCCCUGACCAUUAGGUCCAGUCGUGACCGACUCUGGGGUUGUGGCGCUCAUCUCGCUUUACUGGCCGAGGGAACCGGCGUACAGCUUCCGGGUCAUGUGGCCAGCAUGACCAAGCCGCUUCUGGCGAACCAGAGCAGCGCACGGAAAUGCCGUUUACCUUCCCGCCAGAGUGGUACCUAUUUAUCUACUUGCACUUUGACGUGCUUUCGAACUGCUAGGUUGGCAGGAGCAGGGACCAAGCAACAGGAGCUCACCCUGUCGUGGGGAUUUGAACCACCGACCUUCUAGAUCAGCAAGUCCUAGGCUCUGUGGUUUAACCCACAGCGCCACCUGCAUCCAGUCAGGUUUUUACCUGACUGUAAAUUGUCCGUGGCGAGGGCUGUUUCAUACACCCACCAGCAAAGUGCUGCUGAAUGCCACUGCAGAGAGAAGGGCUGGCCAGCUCCUCCAGCAGACCUCUUCUGCGAUGUGGAGCAGGGGUUUUCUGCAGAUCUAAAGCCACAUGAGAAGAAGCCUUCUCCGUGGUGCAGAGGUGGAAGGCUUUGAACGUCAUCCCCAGCACUCUGCACUUGCGUUGAUUACUGUUUUAAAUGUGAAUUAAAAAAAAUAUGUGUAUGUUGAGAAGAGUGUCCUGGUACUAAUCCCCUUUUGUGUUUAUCUUGCAGACUUUCUGGCCAGGCUGGGGGAAGCGACGAGGCCAGAUGGGACAGUGGAGCAAAUUGGACCCAUUCUUGUGAAAUGGGUGAGUGACCCUCGGAUCUCUCUCCCUCUGUCCCUUACGGGAGAUCAACCAUCCAAAAUUCAUGGGAACAUUGGCUUUGGAAAGUCAUGAGAUCCUACAAUUAAGCUGACGUGUGUUGCUCCGGAUUUCAUUUGCAUAAUGAACUUUUCAAGCCGAAUUGACUUGCAUUUCUGUCUGGUUGCUUGCCAGUUAAUUUGAGAUGAGCAACGACAACAAACAUCUGAGGCCUGCUUCUCACGUUAUUCGCCUCCUCCCAGCCUCAGUUACUCAUCUACAACAUGAGAAUGAUAGUAACCUAACUUACAGGGCUGUUGUGUAAGGGUUACUGAGAUAACCUGUAUGAAGUAACCUGGGCACUUGAAAUAAACCGUGCUAAAAGAAAUUUUGUACACUGCAACUGUGAACAGGUAUAUUAGCACUCCAAAAAGACAGAAAGGAUUUGCUGUGAAAAUUAAAAACUAAGAAACAAGAGAGGGGAGGAGGAGGAAGUCUAGAAAGGAAGUUAAUGGAGAUGGUAAAGAACUACAUUUUUCUAUUUUUCUGUUUUUCUUUUUUUCUUUUUGCGGCUGGGUUUUCUUUUCUUUUCUUUAAUAUUUUUGUAUUACUUUUGUUAUUUUUGUAUUUUCAACUUUUUUUGGAAAUUUUGUUGUUAUCCUUUGAAAAUUUAAUAAAUAUCAAUUUAAAAAAAAAAAAAAAGGUAUAUUAGCACUCCAGGCUGAAAAAGUACGGUAUAUGAUGGAGUUCAUAAGUCCUCUCUUGAAGUUUUGCACUUUUGAAGAUCUUCACAUGAGGGUAGAUGGGCUUCACUUAACCAAAAGGCAGCUAUGAACUCCAGAGGAAUUGGCUAUGGAAUGUGCCCCUUGCUUUCUUCUCUCCCUGCUAUAUUCUUCACAGUGGGAGCUGCAUAAUUGGAAUUCCUCACGUUCAUAUAGAACACUGUAGUGCACCUAGCAGAUUGCCUGACUCAUUCAAGUGGGGAGGGGCGGCAGUUCUGAAGCAGCAGUUUACAAAUGCCCUUGCACCGUCUUUUCUAGCUACCAGGACUGAAUGCGUACAAGGCCUAUUGCAGCAACCAGUUGGCAGCUAAAGCUCUCCUGGACCAGAAGAAGCAAGACCGCCGAGUCCAGGACUUCCUCCAGCGUUGCCUUGAAUCUCCUUUCAGCCGCAAGCUGGACCUCUGGAGCUUUCUGGAUAUCCCUCGGAGUCGCUUGGUCAAGUACCCUCUCCUCCUGAAGGAAAUCCUGAGGCAUACACCCAACGAUCACCCCGACGUUCAGAUUCUGGAAGAAGCAGUAAGUGCCUGGGGAUUCUCUGCACAGAGCUUCUAAUAUAUUAAUGAUUGUAGAGUUGAAAGGGAACCCCAAGGGUCAUCUAGUCCAGCCCCCCGCAAUGCAGGAAUCUCAGCUAAAGCAUCCAUGACAUAUGGCCAUCCAACCUUUCCUUAAAACCCUCCGGUGAAGGAGAGUCCACCACCUUCCGAGUGAGUCCGUUCCACUGUCAAACAGCACUUACUGUCAGAAAGUUCUUCCUGAUGUUUAAUCGGAAUCUUCUUUCCAUAGUAAAGUACCUUUUUAAAACCAAGUCCCACCUUACAAACUGUCUCUUUCUUGCAGUUUGUUGAAUGAUGGAUCAGAUUAGGUGGAAAUGGCCACUCUCAAUUAGUACUAGUUGACGUUCUUUUAAAUACGUUGUUAAAUGCGGCAGGCCCAACACCAGGCACAAAAGCAAAGGGAGAGGUCUGAUUCGUGGGGGUUCCAGCUGCCAGGAAGUUCUCCUGCGCAAGUCCCAUUGAAAUGGGUUGGGAGCUUUGCAAGCACAAAGCAGUGCUCUUCCAAGGGCUUCUGCUCACCGCGGUGCAGUUUUGUAGGAAACUGCUUUGUGUGUUGUACUCCACUUGCCAGUUGGAGUUUCUACCCCAGCCCCAAAACGUCUUGGGCAGUCCUGCUUGGCUCAAGCAAUUGAACAUUCUGUUUCUGUUUUGUGUUGUGGUAAUCGUCAGGGGUCCCUGUACUCGGUUGAGUAAGGCCCUGUCCCAUGUAUCUUCCCAAUCCAUUGCCUGUAUUGAGGCCUGUGCUCUCGCUGCCCGACUUCAGUUAUCAAGCAGCAUUAAUUGGUGGACGCUUUGCUUUUAGAUCUCCAUAAUCCAGGGAGUCCUCUCUGACAUCAACUUGAAGAAAGGGGAGUCUGAAUGUCAGUAUUACAUUGACAAGCUGGAGUACCUCGACGAGAAGCAGAGAGACCCACGAAUCGAAGCGAGCAAAGUGCUGCUUUGCCACGGGGAGCUGAAGAACAAGAACGGCCAUGUAAGUACCUGAUUUUACAGAGGUGAUGCUACAGAUGCUUCCAUCCUGCAGCCACAACACCUGCCAAGGAACUGCAGAGUGAAACGGCACCACCUUAAAGCAAAGGGUGGAAUGGUCCAGAACUUGGCCUGUCUCAAAUUCUUGAGGGCGGUGCAUCUUUUAACCCUCUAGAAAUAAGUGCCCAGGAUCUGCCACUUUUACCUCUCAAUCUGUUCUCUCUUUUUUAAAAGAGAAGACUAUCUUGCUGUGACAGAAUUGGCACCCCUUUCCCCCCACUUUCUUUCCAGCCCUUGACUUUGGUUCCAGGUCAUUAAAAAACCCAUUAAGAGGCAUCAGGCAACAAUUAAGACACCGAAAGCAGGGCUGGCAUCUGCCCAGGUUGCAGAUGGCUGUGAAAUAAUUAGCAUAAAGUUACUACAGAAAGCACGGCACGCAUUUUGCUGGGGGGUCAAGAGGUAUUUCCUGCGGGCUCCCAGUGAUGUAAUGCAUCCCUUAGAUUCUUCCAAGUAUGUAAUCUUUUGGGCUUGAAGAAAACUGACGACAGCUUAGAGUCUAAAGCGGCUCUCUAAAAGCUUGGCCGGUGCUGCUGCUCAAAAAUAGAAGCUGGAACCUGAAGGGGUUGCUUGGCCUUCCUCCCAGCUAUGAGCAAAACGUCUUGUCAUAGGUCAGCGCAACCUAUUUUGUAGUCAAAACUAUCUUGUGUCUCCCUGGCUGGCAGCCCUGCAUCAUUAGUGGCUCUGGCAAUGCGAGUCCUCUAGCGUUAUCGUGGUUGUCUGCCUAUGGAGAUCUGGUGCUUAUUUGGAGUUGUUCCGCUGACCCAGUUUGCUUGAGCAUUUUCUCUGACUGCCAGCACAGACUCCUGUGCCUUGGGCAGGUCUUUCAAGCAAGGGCCCCUUGGAGCCUUUCAACUGGAGAAGUGCCUAAUACCGUAUUUUUUGCUGUAUAAGACGCACCAGACCACAAGACACACCUAGUUUUUGGAGGAGGAAAACAAGAAAAAAAAUAUUCUGAAUCUCAGAAGCCAGAACAGCAAGAGGGAUUGCUGCGCAGUGAAAGCAGCAAUCCCUCUUCUGUGAUAGCUGUGCAGCCUGCAUUCACUCCAUAAGACGCACACAAGAUUUCCCCUUACUUUUUAGGAGGGAAAAAGUGAGUCUUAUACAGCAAAAAAUACGGUAAUUCUGCAUGUAGCAUGUAUAUAUAUGUAUUUUGUUCCAAUUUAAGAUCUUGACCAAAGCUUUCCCUCCCCCCUCCAGAAGCUCUACGUCUUCCUUUUCCAAGAUAUAUUGGUUCUAACUCGGCCUGUGACACGUAACGAGCGUCAUUCUUACCAAGUGUACCGGCAGCCGAUACCCGCUCAGGACCUGGUGCUCGAAGACUUGCAAGAUGGCGACGUGAAAAUGGGAGGAUCCUUUCGAGGUGCCUUUGGCAAUUCCGAUAAAGGUAUGAAGCAAAUAGGCUCACAUCCUUCGACAAUUCUGUCCGAAGGCUGGCUUGUAUGCAGCUGUCUUUGCUUUAAUGGGAAUUUGUCGGGAUUAGUCUCCUUUCUCCUGGAUUUUGGCAUAAGCUUCCACACAAAUCCAGAUUGGGACUUGCCAGGCCCUGAAAAAAUAUUCACAUUGGUCCUGAAUAUGACUCAUGAUUUGGAUGUAGGUCAAACAUUCGUGAAAACCUUUCAGCAAAUGAAAACCGCUGGGUGGUGGGGAGCUGGGAGGGAGAUUUUGGAGACUCAGGAAUGUGUGUCAAAGUAGUUGGGCAAGCGAACCUCUAUGACCAUUGCUCAGUUAAAAAGGUAAAGGGACCCCUCACUGUUAAGUCCAGUCGCGGACGACUCUGGGGUUGCACGUUCAUCUCGCUUUACUGGCCGAGGGAGCCGGCGUUUGUCUGCAGACAGCUUCCGGGUCAUGUGGCCAGCAUGACUAAGCCGCUUCUGGAGAACCAGAGCAGUGCACGGAAACGCCGUUUACCGUCCCUCCGGAGUGGUACCUAUUUAUCUACUUGCACUUGACAUGCUUUCGAGCUGCUAGGUGGGCAGGAGCUGGGACCAAGCAACAGGAGCUCACCCCGUCGCGGGGAUCCGAACCACCGACCUUCUGAUCGGCAAGCCCUAGGCUCUGUGGUUUAGACCACAGCGCCACCCACAUCCUUAUUGCUCAGUUAACUCGUGUCAAUCAGCAUUCUUGAAGCUCCAUUCUGAUGACAUCUCUCCUCCCCUUGUUUCCCCCCUCUGCAGCUAAGAACAUCUUCCGGGUCCGCUUCCGAGACCCAGCUCCCGGCCAGUCCCACACGCUGCAGGCCAACGACAUCUUCCACAAGCAGCAGUGGUUCAACUGCAUCCGGGCGGCCAUUGGGCCUUACCAGCUGAGCGCUGCCCCUUGCGAGCUCAAAGAGCUGCCGGAGCUCAGCGAAGAGGCAGAGGAGAACAACCCCGCUGUGCCCAGUGCCAAAAUCAAGAGGAGGCCGUCCACCCUCUCCGGCAGCCUCCACAUGGAGCUGGACGAGAACGGCGUGGAGUGCAGCUCAGUCACGGACAUGGCGGCGGAUGAGGCCAAGAACCCCAAGCCGUACCGGAUGCACUCUGGGCUCCGGAGGACGAGGGAGAGAGCCCAGCUCAGUGGCAAGCGGAAAGAGACACUCGUUUGAAGGGUUCGGAAGCCCUUCUCCCCCCUGUUUAUUUAUAAAUAAAAAGUGUACAUUUCCUUUCCUGUAAUGUGAGGAUGGUUACUCCUUCUGAAUAUAAAUGUCUGUGGUCUUUUUGUUUGUGUUUUCGUUCUCCUUUGAUGGCAGCUACUGGUUUUCAGCAAACACUGUUGAACUAGAGUCUGGUUCUGUAAAGCAACGACUCUGAUUUUUGGGGUUACAAAGUGGGUUUUGAGAACGUUGCAUCUGUGAGGAACGUUUUGGAGCAAGCUUCAGCUGUUGCCAAGGAGCUGUGAAUUUUUGAGGCUUGAUUCCCAAAGAAAAUAGAGCAGACCCAUCUUUAAAAGCGUGUUUUAUUUCUCUCUCAGCAGUUCUACAUGGAAAAAUGCUCCUUAUUUAAAAUUUGAGUUUUCUUUGGCUUGUGGAGUGAUUCUGAUUGAUGCAGUUCCCCCUAGGCUGUUAAAUCUGGUUUAUUUCAGCCCUUACUAUAGAAGGAAGGUGGUCUGAGACCUGCAACCCACAUUUCUCAGAGAAACAGACUCCAAAGUUCAACAGGUUUCCAUUUUACUGACUGGAAUUCUGUACCUAAUUUUUGUUUGUUCGUUGUACAUUCCUUGUGUGAAUUGACAUGACCUGCCAAGUAUUUAAUCUUGUUUUAUUAUUAUUAUUUUUACCUGAAUACAUUUGUAGAGAACUUUUGUACUUUGAUUUCAUUGUAUUUCUCAACAUCCGAAUUGGCGUUUUUCUUCCUUUUUUUUUUUUAAGUACUUGAUGGGUGUGUGUGAGUGAGAAGAGAGCAUGUGUUGGUAUGUUAUGUAUAUUUAAAAGCCAGUUCAGGACUUUUCAAGGUGAAACAAAGCCAUAUGUUCUUGAGCCAUUGGAAAAAUGGGAGAACAGAGUUUUUACCCCCAUCCCCCAAACUGACCUGGGGUGCCUGUGCCUUUAAAACAGCUCUACUUCAGCAGAGAGAAGGUGCCGUGUAAGCAGAAUUCUGUAUUUCCUUUUAAAGGUACAGGAGAACCUAGGUGGUCCGCAAGUUUGGCAAUCUUACGGGGAGGGAAGAUUUGAGGUCCGUUUUGAUGUAGCAUUUUGGGUUGGCCACAGGCCCGUAGAGUGCCUUGUGUACUCCGAACUACUGAAAGCAGAUCGCAGUGGACGCAGAAGGCUUAGGGAAUGUCGCAGAAGGUUUAGGGAAAGAGGAGAUUAUACUACAGAGAGCACAAAAGGGAUGAGGUCUUUAGAAGGGGAGCAUCAGAAAGGUGCAUUUGGAAGCAAUAGGAGGCACAGUGUAUGUAGCAAGACUUGGUAGGAGGUGGUGUUAGCGAGGAAACGGAAGGAAACGGGUGAAGUCCUUACUUGCGGUUUUGAGGUCGUCCCCCCUCCUUAAUUUCAAGGAAGGAGGGCAGUUUACCUUAGUGUAACGCAAACUAGCAGGAAGAAACUUUGAACGCUUCUAGUAGAGCAUCUGAAGCACUUCCAAAAAUUAGCCGAGUUCUGCAAGUUUUCUUUUUCUUUUUGAGGGGGAAUUUCUGGUGCAGAAGAACCAUCAGGCUAGAAGCUAGAAUGGGGAUGAAAUUCUGGAAACAAAUGUAAAUGAUAAAACAACCAAAGCACAACGACUCUGUAAAAAUGUUUGUGUUUUUGUACAGUGUUAAGUGUGGUGUACAAUUAAAACUUCCUGCAUAUUUC